GCUUCGAAUUGGGCUCCUUCCUCGCUCUGUCCAACAUCCGGGUAGCUUUGUGUCAUAUGACCAGCUCUCUGCUGUCAUCUCUCUUACUCUGCACCAGUUAGCAAAGCACAUCCAUCAACGUUAGCUUUCUCAGGUUCCCUUUUCUUCAUUCGACGAUGGCAGCACUUGUGGCAAACAGGGCGAUGGACGUCAAUGGCUUGGCUGGAGCUGCGAGGACACACACCCAGGCUGUGACCAGAAAUUACAUCUCUCAACCCCGACUGAGUGAGUAGCAUUAGCGGGUACAGAUAGCUGCAGCUGGAGGCUAACGGGGUGCUUGCAGAAACGCACAAAAGAAACGUUUUGAGGUUAUUUAUUUAACCGUGUAUAACAGAUUUCUUAACAUUAAUAGUGUGGACCAUGAGUUUGUGUAAAAUACCAGGAAAUUAUUCUGUUUUUUUGGGGGGUAACGGUGGAUAUUCCGAUGUAACGCAAACGUACUAUACUAGUACACGAAGCAAGCAAGUUAAUAAAGUCGUAGUCACGAUCGUGAAUAAACUCAUUGGUUUUACACGGUAGUCAAAGCAGAGGAUAAAUCUAAGGUUCAAUUUGGAUAUAUAUUAACAUAUUUUUACCUCGUUUUGCCCGUAUGUCCUCUAUAAAAAACAUAGACGGAUGCAUUUUCGUCCAACAGUGGGCUAGCAAACCUGGCUGUGGCUGCCAGACGUUCAUCCAGCUUAAACUCGGUAAUAACCUUUUGGCCUCCAUUUAUCAGCACACUAAAAAUAUAGUUGUACUGAAAUAUACAUGCAUACAAAAGUACUUAAUUGUCGUUUAUAAACAGUGUGAAUGUUGUGGUAUUUGACACAGCGCAGUCAGCUGACUCGGACGUUAGGCACAUGAAUGACUGACACAGCGCACUAAUAUCUCUUUUGAAUGUCUUUGGUGGAAAUUUAAUCAUAUUUAUUAAGCUUUAUCGUCACAAGAGCAUGUCUCCUGCGAUGACUUUCCUGUGCGGCACAGUAAUGAUAUGUGUAUUUUGAAAUGGUGUUUAGCUUGAGCAUGUGAAAGCUCGGAGCAGUGACAGACGGGAUGAUCUCUCAUGUGAUUCGAUCACAUGACCAGUUCCCCCUGCAGUGACGGGAGGAAGAUGGCUGAUGUAGAACACUUGUAGGUCAUUUGUUGUAAUGUAGUAAUGCUGCUUCAAUGUAAUAGUUAAAGGAAAUGAAUAAUCAUAAUAAGCACCGAUAGUGGUACAUCUAAACAGUGUCACAUGACUGGAGUGUUGUACUGAAUAUCUGUAGUGCACUUUGUGAUUUAGCCAUCGGCAGCAGGCCUUAGGCCACAGACGGAUACAGCAAUGCUGUUUAGCAUGAUGCAAUAUUUCUGUCAUAUACCAGUUUAUAAGGAACUUUGAUCAAAAGAGAAAUUGAAAAGUAAAAGUAAAACUCAAUUCCAUCAGACUGGGGACAUUGUAAAUGUUUACAAAACAGACGUUUACUGAUUUGCUCAUCAUUUAAAACCUGCAUUGAAUUGAAAAUAGUGUAGAGAAAACAUGUUGAAAAAGAGAUUGAGUGAGAGUUACUGCAGCAGUUUCAUACGUAUUUCUCCUCUACAGUUCAAAACACACUUGGUUAUCAGUGUAUGUGUAUAGCUUUAACAGGCCUUGACUUAAUCAAGACUCAUCUGUAUGUUUACAUCUGCCACUAGUAGGCCUGCACGAUAUAUCGUUUGAACAUCGUCAUCGGGAUGUACGUGUGUGCAAUAGUCACAUCGCAGAGCCUGCGAUGUCGGAGGUGAAUGAACUCAGUUAAUUUCAAGGGUAGCUGACUGAGAUACACUGCAUGUGAUUUUGCAUGUGCUGUGCAGCGAUCCACCAAUCACCUUCGUUCUUUACUCAGUUGCCAAUCAGACUCAGUUCUCAGUUGCCAAUCAGACUACCCUGCCAGCUGUCAAUCAGAAUCAGAGCGGAGGACACCACGCCCCUGCACAUGUUUAGCAUGUUUAGCGACCAAAACACGUGUUCUGUGUUCAUCUUUUGCCACAAUAAUGUCCCAGCACAAUAAAAGCUGAAAAUAUCUCUGAGACAGAAGUCAUUCUACUAACAUUCACUAAAAGAGGUAAGAUCAGAGCAGGUUAACUGUCCUCAAGAUUUCAGCAGUGCAGCAUAACAUUAAGUGCUAUUCAGGUCAUCUGGUGAAAAUUCCUGUAUUUUUUAAUAUCGCAAUAUAUAUCGCAGGGUUGAAAAAAAUGGCAAUGUUAGUUUUUUCCAAUAUCGUGCAGCCUUAGCCACUAGUGUCACACACCAGCCUGGUUCCCUGCGGUGUCAGGAUCAUCCCUUGUGGUCUGUUGUAAUGUUCCUUAACUAUUAUGAGAAAACCAGGCUGAGAUGUUGUAAUGCUUAUAUUACAAGGUGGGCACAUUUUUGAUAUUAUUACUUUUCCAUUUUUUAAAUUGUUUUGAUCUAGGGGAAUAAGUAAAUGAUGUGUCAAAAAGUCAUGCCACUAUCUCUCUCUCAGUAAAAAGAAAAACUAUAAAAUUAUUGUUUUUAUAUUUUUUUAGGUUCAUAAAUUCUUGACUAAUGUAAUAGCAACCUUAUUCUGAUAUCGCAUUAUCUUGAUUCACUCUUGAGUCUUUCCAUCACUUUUCUCAUUCAUAAGACCAGCAUGCGUAUAAGCCUUGAUUUUUGGUAUUUCCUUCAAGAUAAAAGUGCAUAUCAUUUGAAGAGCUUUUACAGUUUAUUUUGGUCAUUUUAGCUCCAGUGUGUGAUGGUUUGCUUAAAUAAACCUAACUCCAGCCUUAGGAAAUGCUCAUAAGUUCUUUUUUUGGCUAAAGAAACCAGCUUACCAACAACUCCUCACAUGGUAAGUCUUUUUCACUCAUUGGUUCUUUUCCCUACAUGUAGCCACAUAUAUUUUGCAAUAGCUGAUUGUUUUUAAUCUUUGCUUCUUGGUGGGACUGAAAUGUAUUUAAGUUUAACUCACCAAAUUUAACUUUACAUAAAACUGAAUCAGAAAACCUAUCCUGAAGACCUUGCAUAGAAAAACCUCUGUAUAUCUGUGUGAUUUCAUGAGGGGAUUGUAGAGACUAAAAAUGAUGCUUUCCCUCUGAUCUCUUCUAUUUCUUUAGAGCAAAAUCGAAACUACCACAAAGGUAAUCAACUGCCUUUUAUCAUUCAAAUGGUAUAGGCUGAAAAAAAAACAACUGUGUUGGUUUAAAUUGAAUCAUCUGGGUUUUAAAUACAUCAAAGUUAAGAUGAGUGAGCUGUUUGGGAAUGAUUAGAGAGUAUCUAGGUGUAAAUGAAUGUUUCUUUUAUUUCAUCAAGGCAAACAAAGGCACACUGAACUAUCUCUUCCUGCUCCUGUGACUGCAGUGAUUAGUUGUGUUUUUGUGAUGGCCUGAUUAUGACUGUGAUGAUUGUAUUAUCUCAAUCAGCAGAGGGAGUUUCACCAACAGUGGUGUUGUUUGGCACUUUGCUCUGUGUACCUGAUGUUGAGCUUUUCCUGUGACUGUCAUUAUGCUGCUGAAUAUGGCCUGAGCCAUGAAGCCAGUAAGGUGAUGCUUUUUCCUUUGUGCGAGUGUCAGGCAAGCAAGCAUGGACUAAAAGCCUCUUAGCAAACUAGAAGGAAAUGACUUAAUGGAGCUCGAGCCAUCUGAGAGCUGAGCAUAGAGGAUGCAACAUGUGAUAAAACCCUCAUCAUGAAAACAUCUAACCACCCUGCUGCCUCUGAUAUUUUCUAAUUUUGUCAGGGCAGAAUAGCUCUCCCUGUUUCUCCCCUUUUCUCUCAUCAAAUGCAUUACUAAACUGCAAAGGUCCAUUCUCAAGAAGAGGCAGCGAGUCAAAUGAUGUCUUCAAAUAACUGUUAAUACACUUCGGAUAUGUCCUUUUAUUACUGGAGGGGCUGCAUUUACCAUUCUCUGUGUUGAAGACCUGCAAGUAGCAAGAGGAGGUUUUUGUGUUUUGUUGUGUUUGUGUGAUCUGUCUUUGCUUUAUCAGGUAGAGACAGUCAAAAAGGCCCACAUAGUCAGGUUGAGUUUCACUGAUUCGGAAUGGAAAGUUUACACUGACCGUGAAAUCUCAAUUCCAGAGAGGGGUUGAUCCAAGUGUAUCAGUCCUGGAUUCCCACAUUCUCCACAAUGUGGGAAAGAGACUGGGAGUUAUGUCAUAGUAAAAUCAGGCUUUUAACUUUGUAAAGAAAAGUAAAAAAAAAAAACUGUGGUCUGACUGUGUUAGUGAUAGGAAGAACAGUUCUUUUGACAGUAGUGAAUCUUUAGAAUCUGUUCAUUAAAACGAUUCCUUCAAAAGAUUUGUUCACUGAAUCAGUCAGUGCUUCGGAGCCCCGUCAUGUGGGUGCAGUACAUGAGUGAGUGACACAGCAGCGAGUUUGUUCAUUGAACGCGCUCCUCCCCUUCCUGUUACUGAAGUCACAGCAUCGUUCACUGGGUGACACAUGUCGUUCAUUCGCCAAGUCCUGAAGGAAGAAUCACCCCCCUAACCUGGAAAAUGCACUCUCUGUGUGUAGCUGUUGGCGGAAACAACACAGCAGCAAGCAGCACGCCUGCUGAACGAGCGCGAGUCGUUGUUCUUUUAUAUCGCUAAAAAGUGGAGGGAUUAAAAAUAAUUCUCGCAGCUGAAGCAGGGAUUCUGCCACUUUUAAAGAUAUCAAAUAGCAUAUUGCUUUAAAUCGGCUGAAAUUAAAUCCUUCUUGCAGGUAAGUUUAUACACGCGUAAAGGCACUAUAAUGCACUGUUUUGUCUUAGCCUCAGUGAACAAACCGGUGCUUGGUAAUAAGUGAACGACGCUACACCCCUCCCUCCUCUGCCUGCCUCAAGUCAUUCAGAAGUCGUUCAUUUCGUUCACCAUGUCGUUCACAGACUCACUGAUACAUUUCAUUCACUUACUUAUACAUGUUCACAGACUGACUGAUGUCGUUCACAGACGUUUCGUUCACAGACUGAUUCAUGUCGUUCACAGGCAUUUUGUUCUUAGACUGACUGAAACAUGUCAUUCACAGGUUGUUCACACGCCUUUCGUUCACAGUUUGACUGAUACAUAUUGUUUAUUUGCUGUGAGCAAAUCAUGAGAUGCCGCCUGCCCGCUUGCUGGCUGUGUGUCGUUCACCAAAGAGUCAAAGGCAGCAGUUCGACUUACGACUGGCAUGCCAGGCUUGCGGCUGAGUUCAACUGAACUGAAAGAGGAAUGAAUCAGGUCUCGGAGGGAUUCCGUUCACGUCCUUCGCUUAGCAGUUCCGUGGUUUUGAGCGAAAUGUUCAUGAACGACACAACACAAGACUGUGUUAUCAUUUACUGCAAAAACUACGAAAAAGUAGUGAAAACAAAGCAUUUUAGGACAGAGGCUAAAUGGAGCUGAAAUCAGGGAAAUCGGGUUUGAGUUUUGUACUUCUGUCAUUCAAAACUGCUGUGUAGACUGACAAUGACAGCUUGACUUCCUUAUUCAAAUUAUUUAGUCUGCUGUGUUUACAGAGGAAACACGAGAAAUUAAACACAUGCACAUUCAUUUGCAGACAGAAAAAGAGAGAAGGAAAUCAUUCCCAUGCAUUGUCCCACUUUAUAGACAUAAUGUUCAGAUAUGGGAACUGUGCAGAAUUUGUUGAGUAUAGCCAGUUGCCAUCAAACAGUCUAUAAGAUCACGAUGUUGAGAUGGUUUGUCACCACCUUAUUGACUUGACAGAGCUGUUAGAGAGGCCGCUAUUGAAAAAGCCACUCUGAAACAAAGCAGGAAAAUAAACAAAUAAAAAUGAUUUCUCAUCAGACCAAGUCUUUUCUUUAAAGAGGCCUUUGUCUCUCUCAUGUCAAAUGCGACAAAAGCUAUUAGCCCACGAAAUGGCUUGUCUUUGUUUUAGUGGUGCAUUCUGUCAUUUAGUGCUGUGAAAAGACAUGGAGCAAGGCACUAUACUUCUUUGUGAAGAUUUAAUUAAUGGUAAUAAUGUAGUCACGAUAAACAAAUGUCUCAUCUGUCACUAUGAAAGUCAUUUCUAUAAAAUCAAUGUUAUUUCUGUAACACUUCUAUAAUCCACAUUCUAAUUAGGCUUAAGCAGCUAGCUUGUCAGUAAGAAAAAAGAAACUCCCGUGGGCGUUUGUCAGUCUUCUCAUGAAAGAACAUUAAAAUGUUGGCUAAAGCUUUAACGCUGUUACUGUCUGCUGCAUGAACAAAGACCAAUCAAAGGCGUUCUUGUUUUGCUGACCUCUCAUUUAAUUCAUAGCAGUCCUCCUCUUACAAAAUGGGUUUAGAGAAGUGAGUGCAUACUGUCUAAUCUAAGAAAUUCCCCAUGAUAGUGUAUCAGCCAAGGAAUUUCCACAGCAGAAGUGAUGACUAAAUCUGUGCAGUGAGCCCGGUGUGGGUAAACAGUCUUUCAGUGCUUAGCCUCUAAAGAGGCACUAGGACAAAUAUCUUAAUCUUUUUAAGUCGUUUAGCCUUUGUGAUGCAGUCUGGUGUUCACUCACUGUGACUUUAAGUCUAGAAACUGUUUAUUAAAACCUCCUCUCUAGACUGUUUUCUUCAGCUAUAAAUGUUGCCCACAAAAUUCUCAAACUGUACAGAUGUUCUGAGCUUGGCAUAAAGUUGGAGUACACUUUCCCUGCUAAGGUAGGAGAGGAUUUAAGAGAGAGAGAAGGAAAACCACAGGUGUAACAUGUUGAGACUAGGGAUGCACGGAAAAUUCAGCCACCGAAAGAAAGAAACACUUUUCUCACUGGAACACCACUGCCGAAACAGAUGUUGUGACAACAUAAGCAAAAACCGUAGCCAGAAGUCGCUUGUCUGGAUAAGUGCCAACAUGUCUACCGGUGGACGUAUUUCAAUGUAACUACGGAUAGUGAUUAGCAAAGUGUAUAAUAUUAAAAUUUCAAGAGGCGGUACAUCUGUCAAGAGUUUCUUCACGUCAAGUUUAAUUUAUCACCUGAAAUCCAAACAUACCGAUUGCCAUUCUGAAUACAAGAAGAACACGACACAGAGCAGGAAUAUCCCUCCAAGCCCACUCUGUCUCUGUCUGUUUUAAAAAAUGAGAUUCAAAUAUGAAAAUUAAUAUUUGAAUAUUAAAUAAAUAAGCUAGAUAUUUGAAUAUGUUCGAACCUAUGUGUUAUUUUUAGAGCGAAUAUUCGAAUGUUAUUUUAGGGCAAUUUUGACAGCCCUACUAGUCAUCAAACAUCUUUUUAUCCUUGCCUGAUUUCUUUAGCAAAGAGACCAAACACAACUCGCCUACUUUCCUCUAGCAGCCGCUUGUUUAGGGGGGGAGCCCUGGCGAGCCGAUCACCAAGUAGCUCACGGAGCUACGCUGUUGCGUUCACGUUGCAUUAAGUCACCUGCGCUACUCGCUAUAUGGACCGUGUAUGAGCUUGAACGUUACUCUUCUCAUUAGAGAUGCACCGAUUGCAAUAUUCUUGGCCGAUACCGAUUUCCGGUUUUAAAGGAGGUCUGACCUGCCAAAACCGGUAUUUCCGAUACCGAUUUUCUAUCUAAGAAAUAAUUAUAAUCAUAUAAUAGACACCAUAUUUGUUUGGCUUGAGUACCCAUUCCCAAUUUUAAUUUAAGUACCCCUCUCCCAGACAACAUUUUGCUUAACUGCAAUUAAAAGCACAACUAAUGGUAGGCUAUAUGCUAUCAUAACCCCCCUUUUCAAGAAUAAAACCUCACAAAUAAGAAAUAGAGUGAGAGUUUCAACAGUGCCUCCUGAGCAGAUUUAUUUUCAACACUGACCAUAACAUUCAGUCCAGUUUACAGGUCAAUAACUAACUUACAUUCAAACAACAUUCAAAAACGUCCCAGCAUUUGCCUGGUACAAUGUAAUUUAUUGACUACCCCUCCAGUACCUCUCUCAAACGACUCUGGCAGCGCUGUGUCAGAAAAGUACCGCCUACUUGGUAGUUUGUACCAAUCAACGCUUAAGACAUUUGGAACAACAAACUUGAUACGCCACUUGGAAAAGAAGCACCCAGGCUUGUUUAGCAAAUAUAAGUAAUACACUGCCGCUAAGAGGAGGGAUGCAGCAGAGUCGCCGCAACCACAACAACCCUCCGCCGUGGCUCCUAUGUUCGACAUCAGCGCUGAAAAGUCCAAAGCCACCACCAGGAAAAUAAUGGAGUUCGUGGCACUGGAGGACCAGCCGUUUAGCGUAGUACAGGAUAAAGGCUUCGUAAAUCUGAUGAAACACCCUACUUGGUAAUUUGUACCGUGGACUCAGGUGUUUCGUGGUCGCUGCGACUCUGCUGCAUCCCUCCUCUUAGCGGCAGUGUAUUCCUUAUAUUUGCUUAACAAGCCUGGGUGCUUCUUUUCCAAGUGGCGUAUUAAGUUUGUUCUUCCAAUUGUCUUGGGCGUUGAUCCUCCACGGCUGACUUUUGACUUGCAAGCAUUACAAACAGCGUGUUUUGGGUCGCUCUGGCACACAGUGUCAAAUCAUGUUUUCCUCCUGAGUCUUGCUAAUUUUUAGCAGUUUUGCUCGGAGCUGAUACGCACCGCGCAUGCGGGUCAGUUUGCUCGGGGAAAACCGGCAAAUUACGACAGUGACCGGCCGGUCACCGGUUGGGGCCAGUUGGAUAUAAAACCGGCUUUUUAAAUCGGCGGCCGAUUAAUCGGUGCAUCUCUACUUCUCAUUGAUGGAAGAGGGUCCGACAGGAAUUGACCUGCUCGUUAAAUACUCAAAACAAGUCAAAAAUAACUCUGUGUGUUGUUGUGCUCACACAGUGUGGGUAGAAAUCAUUAGUGGCGCAUUGAUAUUAGUGCUACUAAUGCUAGUAAUGCUACUCGCUAUAUAGAACAUGUAUUAGCUUGAACGUUACCUUUCACGUUGAUGGAAGAGGGUCCGACAGGAUUUAAGUUAUCAAUGAUGCGCUACCAAUAAUAUGCAUCCCCUCAAAGCCGACAACCCCACCCCCACCCGGCAUGAAAAAAAAUUAUUUUCUCCCUCUCUUGCUCUCCCCUCCUUUCUGAAAACAUGAGCACGAACAAGCAAAUGGAAAAGCCAUGCGGUUAUGACGACAUAAACGCAUAAGCCUCUCCUACAUGUUGGUGGCGGCACCCCCAAUAAUCGUUAGCCCAGCCCUUUAAAACUUCUUUGCUGAGGUAGCGUCCACCAUUUUUUCCCCUCGCGUAAGCCGCUUUCAUACAGCAACCAUGCCGAAGCUAUAACCCAGCCGCUGCUUGGUUCUUGGCUGCACAAACGAAGACAGGACUCUAUUUCUGCCUCCUUUGUUGGAAGAUUUGAGAACCCAGCAGAUUAAUUUUAUUUUCGAUGGAAAUGUACUCACAACAACUCUGAAAAUGUUGUAUGUGUGUGCUAACCAUUUCACCAUGGACUGUACCAAUGAGGGGCAGCUCACAGCAGGAUUUGCUUAGAAGCUGAAGAUAAAACCUGGAUCUGUACCAACUGUCUGUGUCGGGGACCCAGCUUUAAAUGUGGAAGCUGUAAGUUUUACCACUUUAUGUUGCUCUACUGCCGCCCAUAUGACUAGUGCUUUGGCUGCAAUCGCGUGUGUUUACUAGGGGUGUGAAUCUCAGCACUGAGGACGAUUCGAUACGCAUCUGAAUGCACUGCCAGCGAUACGAUACUUUAACGAUACAUGGAAUUUUCUGGCGAUACGAUGCAAUACGAUUCACCCUCUUCAUGAUGCGAUACGAUACGAUAAUCAUUUAGUUCAAAUCAAUGCGAUCCGAUCCGAUAUGAUGCAAUUUGUUGCGAUAUGAUGUAAUUCAACAUGAUGCAAAUAAGCAAAGAAAAAAAAGAAAUAAAAAUAAAAGAUGGAAUUCAGUAUGGUACUACAAAAAUGAUUUGGCUUUAUUCCUUAAAGGCACUUGGCAGUAAAUUCAACAAAAGUGCUUUUUGUCUUUUUUCUAUGCUCCUUUGGGUUCCAUUUUGUACAGUUACACAGAUUAGACAGACCUCCUGCAACUGUUAAGGAAUCUGAAUCAAUAAAAUAAAAUAAAAAAAAUAAAAAAAAGGAUUCCAAUCCCAACCCUACAUCACACAAGUGCUCUAUACUUGUUGGGUAAUAUUACAGUACACAUUAUUAAACAACUAAUGCACUGCCUAACAUGGUGCAAAUAAACCAUUCAAUGGCCAUACUACUGUCUGCCAAACCAAUGUGCUAGAGUUGACUUUCUAACUGGCCACUGAAAAUCAGUGAUUUGAGUGAGUUCUGCAAUAAUAAAAGCGUAAAACAAUUACACAAUAAUCACUGCUGUAAAAAGUACAGUAAACAGCAACAACAAAACACUCUCAAUGAGUAACCUAAAGUGAUACUUUCAAAGGGAGGGGAGGUGGCAUUAGACUUGUCGGUGAUGUGGUGUACUCUUUUUAAGUGGGUCUGCAUGUUUGUCGUGCUGCCGUUGUACGGCUUCUUAACGCGGUAUUCUUUGCAAAUGACGGACGUUUUGUCGAGCUUUCCGUCUUUCUUUGCAAAUCCGUAGUGUUUCCAAACAUAUGAUUUAAACGUAGCGGGUGCAUUACAUAUAAACUCUUCCUCGCUGCUGCUCACUUGAGCGUGGUCCAUGCUGUUUUACUAGUCGUGCAUUGUAUGUCCCUCACGGCUUCCGUCCGUAUUCAAUACAAAACGCGAAAUAAUGAUGGUGCAUUCAAUGCGCCUGGGGAACAGCAGAUGGGGUGAAGUUUAACAUGAAUAAAACGGCGCUUGCAUCAGAUUUUACCGAUACCCACCAACGCAUCUAGAUGAAUCUAGAUUUAACCCGUCAAUUGCAUCGAUACCCAGUGAAUGAGCCGACGCAGUCGCAUCGCGCACAUGCGCAUCGAUGCAUCGAUUAGUUUAGAUUAUUUUCCACACCCUUAGUGUUUACCAUCAUUGGUAUUCGUCUUCGGACUUGCUUCUAUUUACUUUUAUUCCCAUGAGUAGCGGGUGUUCCUCGGGGGUGUGGAGGCAGGCCGGUGCCUCCAGCCAUGGUGGUCUGGAGUUCCUCUGAAGAGGUCCUCAGAAGAUCUCCAGACCACUGCUCCUGGACCACUUAGUGGAGCUCAAAGAAGAGGGGGGUACAGGCUAGCUGAUAUCCACAAAUAAACUGGUGUUUUAGACAACAAACUUCAAAUUUACCAUUGUGGGACCUCUGGGACUGAUUUAAACUUGAUAAAAAAAUGCCAUAAUAGGGGACCUUUAACUGUUCGCUGUCACCCUGUGGUCUGUUGGGACACACAACAGUGUCACUGCAUAGCGCAGGUGGGACUGGUGAAGGAUGGAGUAAUAAGUGACGGCUGGUUUGUCAUUAAGAAUAUAACCUGUUCAUAUCUUUGUAUGUUUAUAGAGUCACCAGAUAAAGAAAAAAAGUCACAUGCAGGUGGAAUAGUGAUUUAUGUGAAUGGAUUGUCAGCCAUUGUUGCACCAGUGUUGUCAAAACCACUAGCAUGACCUAGGGUGGAGCAGUUUGGACCCCUAGCAAUUUUUUAAAUAUUUUUAUAUUUAAUGAAAAAUGUCUUGAACCAAACAUCUGGCAUGGCCUUCCUCCAGUCUUAAGUCACAUUUUUGUUCAUGUGUUUAAACAAAAGGCACUUUCUGUGAGUUUAAAAAAAUCAAAAAAUAUUGGAUUUGUUCUGGUGCUUUUGUUUCUCGAUCAUUAAGAAUUUAUUUUUCUUUCACUAAACAAAUCCAGUAUGUUGAAAGCAGAGGAUUGUGCAGUCUCAAACUCUCCACAGGAAUAAUGGUGGUAUUUCAAGGUGUCACUGCAGGAAAAAGGGACAUGUUUUUCUCGUAUUUGUUGUGACCUUGGUGGAGUUUUGUUUCUGUUAAAGGUUUUUCCUUAGUUUCCUUUCGCAGAUAAUCGUUGAAAUAGUAAAAAUCUGUAACAAAAAAUUAUGGAGACCUCCUGAAAAGGUUGUCUGUAUCUGUUAUUUCACAAAGAGUGGCAGGCGUAGGCAUUAAAUAAGAAAAUCGCGUGUAUAUAAAAAAUAUAUAAUGCCUCGAGACUGACGUCAUAAGAAGAUAGAUGCAUCCUUUUUGGAUAGCAAAUUUUUGUAGCCCAUACGGUUCUGUGAAUAGGGCAGAAUUUAACUGUAAAAAAAAACCAAACAAACCAAAAAAAACACCAAGACAUAAAACCACCGAUUUUCUCCUAGGGACUUGGGCUUGAGUCCUGUAUCAAACGUACACAAACUUUCCCCAUAUUGGAAAGUGUUGCAUUGUUAACGUCACACUAAACAUGUUUUUAUCUUCAGAAAUAUUUAUUUUUAUUUCUGUUCUGUUAAUACAAGAUAUCCUGUUAUCGCUUUUUUAAUGUAUUUUUUUUUUAUUUUUUCUUUAGAAUUUUUACAAAUCAGACUAUUUUAACGACAACUUAGAUUUCUUACAUGCUUAGUUGUCAGACUGGCCUUGCAGUUCAAUUGUGCGCCCAUUUAUGAAGGCAUAAGUCCUCAUAGCUGGCAGCAGUGGCUUGAUUCCAAUAUUGUAUAAAACCUGCAUGUAUUCUUGGGCUACGUCCACGUUUACUUAAAUUUUUAAAAACUUAAUUUUUUUCUUCAGUUGGAAAGAAACAAAGCUUCCCCACACCAGACAUGUUUCUGAAUAUUUCUCUGUUCACACAAUAAUGCAAAAAUGUUGAAAAAUUUCACACAUGCAUGCUACAACAGUAUGUGUGAUGAUGUGAAAUCAGUCCCUCAUGUCAAGCACAUUCAUUGAGAUCAUUGUGUGCAUGCAUUUGCGGGACUGUGUAUUUGUGUGUGUGGAUCAUAGACCAUAAAAACAACCGGUGCUUUGGGAACCCUGAGCUAAUCAGACCAAAGCCAGUUUGUAAACCAGGAUGCGAACAUGUUUAUUUUUACUCUAAAGAUGGGCUUUUUGGCUCAGUGUGCACAUUAUUUCCGGUACCUCUGCAGCCACCCUUCAGUGUGCCCUCGGGGUACAACCGUUUUUAGCACUUCGUAGUCAUUCAUUUUUCAAGACAGGUUACAGCUUGGUAUGGAUAGAGAAAUGAGCCACUCAGAAAAAAAGUCUUUUUGAACCAAGGACAUGUUUUUGGCUUUUUAAAGUGUGUGUAUGUGGCUUCCGGUGCUUCUGCAGCCAGCCUCAGGUGGUCACUGGAGGAACUGGAGUUUUUUGAACUUCGACAUUGGCUUCUCCUCUUCAAACUGCAGUUCUACACUGCUUACUGUCCUUUCAUCUAAAUUAAGGUUUAAGAGCCCAAAAAGCAAAUUAGAAGAAAAAACUGCUGUCCGUAUUGUUAGCUUUUUACUUCCACCAUGGCAUUGGAGGAUGAAAACUGAAGACCAGUGUCUUGUCUAUUUUCAUUAAGGCAGAAAUGCCGUGCAGAUUAAAACAGUUGCAGCAACUCUGCUUCAGCUUGAAGAGGUGCCAUUGGUGCAAAUGUACACUACAGGCCAAAAGUUUUGAAGCAAGAUCAGCUUUGUACAAAAAAGGAACAUAGUUUCAUAUAUAUAAUUUGCAACACAAUAAACAUGACUAUUGUGUAAAGAGUAACUUAUCAGAAGACAUUUUGACUAUAAUUAUUAGGUAUUUGAGUUAUUGUUGCUUAGACUUUGCUUUCUUUAAAGUAACCUCCUCUGGCUUUAACAACAGCUUGGCAUAUACCAGGCAUUCGUUCCACAAGUUUUUUAAGGUAUGUUCCAGGGAUUUCAUUCCAAACUUUCUUAAGUUCAUUAAAAAGAGACUGCUGAUUUGUGGGAUGCGUUUUUCUAAACGAUCGAUCCAAUUCAUCCCACACAAGCUCAAUUGAGAAAGGUCUGGAGACUGAGGGGGCCAAACCAUCUUUUAAAGAACACCUUCCUCUUUUUUGUAUAGGUUACCCUGACAGAGCUUUGCAAAGUGCUUAGGGUCAUUGUCUUGCUGCAAAACAAACUUAUGAGCCACAAGUCUGAGUCCAGAUGGAACAGCAUGGUGCUGGAGGAUGGAGUGGUACUGUUCCUUCUUCAUGAUACCCUUUACUUCAAACAAGUUUCCUACUCCAUCACCUGCAAAACAUCCCCAUACCAUGGAACUACCACCUCCAUGCUGAAUUGUGGGUGUAACACAUGGUGCUUUCAGACGUUCACCAGUUUGUCUGUGGACAUAGACUCUGUGUUUUGAACCAAACAGUGCAAAAUUGUUUCUAGUCAUCAUAGCAUCAUCAAUCUUUGUGAGCUUUUGCCCACUUAUAUCUCUUUUUCUUGUUCUGUGGAUGAAGUAGUGUUUUUUUGCAGAUACACAACCCUUCAGACCAGCCUUUCUCAAACGUCAUUUCACAGUUGUCAGAGAUAUGGGUUUCGACCUUGUCAUGUUGAUUUCCUCCCUUAUUUUUGGUGCUGUCUUUCGCCGAUCUCUCCUAUUGGUAACAAUGCUAUGUUUAUCCUCUGCUUUUGUAGUAACUCUCUUUCGUCUUUUUCUAUCAUCAUAACUUCCAGGUUCCUCUAGUCUCUUCAGAGUGUAGUGGACUCCUUUGUUAAACACCUUUAGGCGUUUUGCAAUUUCUCUUUCUGUGUAUCUGUCUUUCCUCAAUGUACAACUCGGUACUUUUUGUUUCUUUACUCAGUUGCUUCUUUCUAGCCUUUUUUGCUGUAGUUUGAACGCAGUUGAGAUUUAUUAGGAUUUUUGUAUGCAGACUCCCAAAAGCCAAAAAGUUGAAGUGAAUAAUCCAACUGUGAUUUGUUUUUUUGCUUUUGCACUGAAGUUGUGACUCUUGCAAAUGUUUUCAACCCUAAAAUUAAGCCCUUAUUAUCUUUUGCUGACAUAUAUUUAGCAAUGGUCUGUUAACAUCAAUGUAUAUCUAAAGGUAAAUGGCGUAAAAUGGUGCAUUUCCAUGAAAGCAACAUCUGAUCAUGGAGUAAAUACAUCCCAAAAUACAUAAAACUCAUGCUGGAUUUUAAAAAGAGCAUUGUGAACAAAAACUUGAAGUUACUCCCAACUGUUCAGUCUGUAAUGGCCUUGCUUCCAAACUUUUGGCCUGUAGUGUACACCUUAAACCAUCAGCUUGCACAGAGAAGAAAAAGUUUUACAGCCAGUUUGAAGCUUAAAUCAUUUUCUAAGUUUGUUUUUUUGGGUUUAUUGGCUUGCUGUUGCAGGUUCUGGGCUGUGUGUGUGUGUGUGUGUGUGCGUAGGUGUGUGUGUGCGUGUCUGUAUGCAUGCGCAUGUGCUGAGGUUGGGGGGGUGUAUGGGGUGUGUAGGGACUGCUGGUUGUAGGUCAGAGGCAAUUAGCAUUCCCAUGUCCAGUGGGGCUGUGGGAAUCCCUUGAAGUAGAGGCUAAGACAUGAUUGUGAGGCUGCACAUCACAGCAGCCACUGCUUUGUGGCGUUCAUUUAUUGUCAGAACGAUGAUGCGCCCCCUUCUCUAUCCCAGUUCCGAGCCCCCUUCUCCCCUCCAGUUCCACCCUCUUUCAGCUGGGAAAUUGAAUUGUGUUGGAAUGCUCUGUGCCUCUUUUCUCUGGCACUUGAAUGGGCUCUUUAGUAUUUCACACCAAGGUGUCCUUCAGGGUGCGAGGUCAGGCUACCAAAACAGCUUCUAGUGGCGGAUUAGGACCAAUUAACAUCUUUGUACACAAAGGGCUCUGGCAGCUGAACAGGCUGCAGGGUGACCCACACUGCCGUUGCAUGCCAAGCCAGGGGACUGCUGCACUUGAGCUGAAGUAGCAAAAGAGGGGUGGAGAAAGUUUUCCAAACCUAAUGGGAAAUGUUGCUACUUCACACCUCAUGAACAUAUAGCCCAUUGAGCUGUGGUUAUCUGGUGAAAUGAGAGAGCAAACCCGCUUUUUUUUUUAAUCAUCACAGUUCUACGUAAGAGGGAACCAUGAACUGUUCUGUUUUCUUUCUUUUUCAGAUAAUGAUGGGCUAACAUAUGGGGUCAAGGUCAGACCUUUAAACCCUUGGGAGACUCUCUUUUCAAAUAAUAUACACACCUCAAACUCAGUGUCGCCAAAUACAUUAUAAAUGUAUGUUGAAAAUAAACCUAAAAAACCUCUAAAUAACAACUCUGAACAUCACAGAGGCUUCACUGCUGUUAGAAUCUUACAGUGAUUAUUAAAAUUAGAGUUAGAAUCAGGAAAAGACUACGAUUUAGAGGCAAAAGUAAUACUGGUCAGUAAAAUUUAAAUAUUCCUGGUCUGUGCUGAAGCUUUUAUCUUUACCUUUGUGUAUUUCUCAGUCACUGUGAGGAGGAAAAUAGUGUUGAAAAUGGUGACAGAACCAUGUUGGUCCAGUAGGUGGGAUUGAUGUGUAACUGGUCUCUUUUGUGUCACACCAGUGUGUGUUCCUCAGUGAGCAGCAGUGGGAAAUGGUGUUCUUGAAACUAGGACUGGGCGAUUUGGCAAAAAAAAAAAAGGACCACGAUAUAUUUUUUCAUAUCGUCUGAUCUUGAUUAUUGCCAUGAUUUUUUUUUUUUUUAACUGCCAGAUUUAAGGCAUCUGUACUAAAAACUAAAGAAACUAGAGAUAAGUUCAACAUAUUAAUAACAUACAAAGUAAAUUAAGUAAAUUAAAUAAGAUAAACUUAUAAAAUUUAAAAAACCUUUUAACUCAUGUUGAUGAGUUUAACUGAUGUUUGAUGUGCAGUUUUUGAAUUUUUUUUUUUUCCCCAACCUUUUUUUUUUUGAGGUUGGACUGCUGAAGAGGGAUGGGAAAUAAGAGAGCAGAGGGAAACCUGUAGCAAAGGACUGUGGUCAGGAAUCCAACCUGUGGCCACUGUGAUAAGAACUGUAGCCUCUGUAUGUGGGCCACUUAGUUUUCUCUUCCAUUGGCGCCCCAAAACAAAGCAGUUUAAUGAUGCCUCUGUUUGAUGAAUGCAUCUGGAACACUACUGGCUAUGAUAACUGUUUAUAUGGGAGUGUAAUGCACAUGAAAUAAUGGGUGUUUUUAUUCUAAAAUUGUUGUACCUUAUCAAAUGCAAAAAAACCCAAAUCAAAAACAGUCAUGUGACAGUCCAAUAUCAGUGUUACGUAUAACAGCCAUCAGCCCAACUGCUCUGGUUAUAGGCAUCAGUCUCUGCCACUCAACAAACAAUACCAAUGGAAACACUUUAGAAACAACAAUCGACACAAGUAAAGUGAAGGUAUGACCCCAGCAUUUCUGAAAAUGUUUUUGUUGUACCUGUACAUAACACACUCAGUUUAUGAAAACCUCCACCCCAGUGUCAUUGCACUGACUUUAUGAAACUAAUGCUGAUUUUUAGAGGCUCUGUCUUGUGCUGGGGUUCAGUGUUGUUCAUGAAGGGAAACUGGAGAUGCACAUUGAUGAUACAAAAUAACUUGGACACGCCGCUUCAGUCUCGUUUGCUUGAUUAAUGUCUUCAUACAGUGGGUGAGUGUGUAUAUUUCUAAGCCUUUUGUCUGUGCAGCAGUGCAGUAGAUGUCAAAUACAGCAGGAUGGUCACAGUACACUAUGGAGGGCCGAGUCCCCUUAAAUUUUUCAUCUUUUCCUUCUCAACAGUGUUGCCAAAUAUCUACCAUUAAUAUGCAGCAGAAUUAGGGAUUUCUAAGAGGUCCCUGUAUAAUUAUGUUGCCCAAUUUUCCCUGCAUCAUCAUUCUGAUUAUUAUUAUCAUCAACCUCCAAAUAGUAGCCAUAUGUAUCUCUUUUGAGAAGUGUGGGCAAUUUGUAGGCUAAGUGUAGCUGUUAAGGCUUUUUUAUGAGCACAUCCAUCAUGAAGAGUCUGCUGUUUGCAGGGAAAGAAGGGCUUGGCUGUCUAAUUAUGUAACAUUGUCAAAAAUUUUUUUGUAAAGGUCAAGUUUGGGUAGAAGAGAUGUUAAAAUUUAGAGGUUGUCAUGAAAUUUGUCAAUCAUUGGGAUAGAGCAUGGAUCCAAACUGCUCCAGGAAUCAAGGAUUGUUGUAUCUGAUCCUCACCGAGGAAAGAUUCAGUAGCUGGUUGGUGUUUCAGGUGCAGAUUGUAGAUUUUAACCCUUUAGAGAAAAAUGUUACAUUUCUGGACAACUCAGAGACUAUGCUUUGUGUCACGAACGCAGUGAGGGGAAAAAAAAAGCUAAAUGACUUAAAGCUAAGUGAUAUUGCUGAGUAUGGACUUUUUGCCAUACGGAUAUAAAGACCUGUGAUAAGGUUGAUCUAGUGCUGUGAGAGAAUUCUCACUGUAACCUGCCCGUUAAACUGCACUGUUGACCUCAGUGAAUGAAAACAGUGAUGGUUGUCUACACAAACAGAGGAGAUGUGCAUACAGGUGUAUCAGGACUGUUCAGGUUUGACGAAUUCUUGAUUUAUACUUUCACCUUAUUUUCAUGGCAGUAUUAUGGUAUGAUCCCUGAAUCAAUAUGCCUUUUAAAGGUUUGAUCCGUCCCUCUCUUGAUGCUUCAGAUCACUUGAGUUGUGACAUGUUGUUUUAACAUAGCAUCUUGUUUAAUGUUCAUCAGGAGAGUUUGAGAGUUUUGACAGUCUUUGCUAUUAAACUGUCACAGCUGAUAGAGAUAAAAACACUUUAUUCAACAUAAAAACUAUUUAUAAAAAGCUAAAUAUAUAUAUAUAUAUAUAUAUAUAUAUAUAUAUGCCCACAAAAAAGAAAACAGAGCUAGAAUAGUAGAUGUUUGAAAAACUAAGAUAAUUGCUCUUUUACCUUUUUUUUAGGGAUGGGUCCGAAUAUUCAUCGCCGAAAAUAUUCGGCCGAACAGCUCUAAAAAUGAAUUUUCGGCCGAAUAGAUGUUUAAGCCGAAAAAAAUCACCGAAUAGUGUGGAUAAACAUGGGUCUAGUAUGAACUCUCAAAAAUGGAAAACGCAGACGGCGCUGUUUUCCCUGUUUUAGUGGCAUGUUGAUGACGUAAUCGGAACACGACAAGAGGCGGUUUGGAAAUAUUUCGACAUAUCAGAGAAAGAUGGUCUGAUGGCAAUUUGUAAAUGCUGUUCUGCUGAAGUGUCUCGAGGUGGUGUGACGGCAAAAACUUUCAGUACAUCGGGGCUAAUCAACCACUUGAGCGCUAAACAUAAGGACAAACAUGACGAGUUUCAGAAACUCACUGCACAAAAGUUUGCACAAUCGUAUGUGCAUGCAUGUAAGUGCAUUUAUUGUUGAAGUCCUCAGGCCUGGAUUUGUGUUUACUGUUGCACAAUCAUGUAUAUGCAUGCACGUACCUGCAUUUAUUUUAUUUAUUUUGCAUAUGUGCAUUUUAUUUUAUUUAUUUUAUUUACUUUAGGCUAUCCUACAGGGAAAAUUGCACUUUUUUUGUAUUGUUAUUGCAAAGAUGUUAUUUACUUAAUUUUAUUUUAUUGAAUGUUAUUGUUAUAGCAUUGUUAUGUCAUGUGCUGAAGCUGAAUAAAUGCUUCAUGGUUCAAACAUAAAGUGAUUAAUAUUUAAGUUUGCCAGGUUUUGCCAUAAUCAGGUAGCUUUAAAACAAAUGUACAGCAAUGACAGCAAUUGUACAAAAAUUGCUUGGUGAUAAAAAUUCAUAAUUUAUAUACAUAUUUAUGAAUCAUAUUCGGCUAUUCGGUAUUCGGUUAUUCGGCCAAGUGUUUCUCAUAUUCGGUAUUCGGUUUCGGCCAAGAUUUUCCCAUUCGGUCCAUCCCUACUUUUUUUUGCUUGUCCGGUUGACUUCAAUGCAACAUUUUUCCAUUUUUUCACAACUUAUGUCACAAAAAAAUUGUAUACAAAAGAGAAAAGUAUUGGCACACUAAUCCCAAUCAAACCGCACAUUUUAAUAUACAAUUUGUCCUACAACUCUUCAAGCUGUAGGACUAGUAACAAAUCAUAAUUUGUUGAGAAGAGGAAUGAAAAAAUCAACAGUAUGACAAAAGUGCCUCGGGGCUUUGGCCCUUGGUCCUAAUUGAAGGACAAAGUGAAGCUUUAUAUUACAGGUGAAUUCUGCAUUCUAUACCGAGUUUAAAUAUUUGUAUAACAGUGUUAGGUCAAAACGAGAUUUCACUUUAAGAAAAGUUACCUGUGAAGUAGGUCAAUCCUAAGUUUAAAUAUUUGUAUAACAGUGUUAGGUCAAAACGAGAUUUCACUUUAAGAAAAGUUACCUGUGCAGUAGGUCAAUCCUAAGUUUAAAUAUUUGUGUAACAGUGUUAUUGUUAAAAUGAGAUUUAACCAUGAGAAAAGUUACCUGUGAAGUAGACUGGCUCAAAUCAGAUUCAGGUGUGUUUCCUUAAUGUAACAGAAAAAUGAAUUACAGGAAUAUGUUUAUCACAUUUGAGUUAGAAUUGAGCUAACUUCAGUAGAAACACAGAGAAUAUAUGAAUAAUAUUUAAUAUUAGGGGUUUUUAAUUGGAAUCAACAAACAGCCAGGAAAGAUGUAAAGAUUUUUUCCCUCAUGACCAGUUCAGAGCUGUGAGGAGUAGGGUUGGGUAUCGUUUGAUUUUGAAAGAUUCCGAUUUCGAUUCCUCGUUUCGAUUCCGAUUCCUAUCGAUUCUUUAUUUCGAUUCUUUUAAAAGGCAGGAUAUAUAAAAAAAUGCAUGGUUUAAAUAAGGGUGCUAACUGGAGUUCUUCUUUUUGGAUGAAAUUUCUGAACUUCUCCAUGAGUUUUUAAAUUAUAUUAACUUUUUAAGAACUUUACUAUGAAUUUCUGACAGGGUUAUUUUCAAUCAGUAUACAAAUAUCAAUUUUUGUCGUCAGGUCAUUUGUCUUUGAAAAAGUACAAGGGCUAACGUUAGUUGGAUAUUUAAGUUGACCCACUGUUGUGUUGUUAGGUCGACUACACAAGCACAUCCCUAGUUUUAUUGGUCAGGUUCUAAAAUCAAUUGAAACUGUCUUUGUAGCAAAGUUAGGGGAUGGAUUGAGGUACCUGUACCAGCCAAACAAUUUGCAGUAGCAUUACUUUCAUAGCAGCAUUAAUAAUGCUGAAAGCUCCCUCACUAAGUCCUGAGAACAGCAUGUUCCCUGACUUAGUCGGGGAGUCCGGACUGGUAUUGAGUGUUGUGUUUAUCAAUUUAUUUACUUUAAAGAUUUUACUGACAGGAGAAAAGCAAAACAUCAAAAUGCAGUAAAAUAUUGAAGGAGACGUUAUCUUACACAGAUUUAUGCUGAUUAUUGGAGGAAAGCAAAGGAUAUUCAGAAAAUGCAUUUCAUCACCCAUCUCAUCCCCAGCCAACCCAGCUUGGAGCAAGGUCUAAGGAACAAACCAAAAAAUGUGUGUGAGAACCUGAAUCAUUCAGCUGAAUCUGAGCUCAGAGGUAGGAAGUGAGAUAAAGGAUAAUUGAAGUAAAACUCAUUUUAUUUUGGAGAAGAACAUGUUUUUUUUUUUUUUUCUGUCUGUGGUGCCCUUGGUUUUCAUCAUCACACUUGAGCCAUCUUUUCUCUUGCUCUUUCAAUAGUCUCCACCCCAUCCUCCCUCCACCAUCUCCCACUACACCUUCAAAACACACACACACACACACACACGCACGCACACACGCACGCACACACACACCAGGCCUGUCUGGCUUAUAGAGGGUGAAAUGCAGGUGUAUGUGGGGAAAUGGCUGCAAUGCUGUAGCACAUUGACAGGUUAUUUUGUUGGCCUCUGCCUAAUUAAUGGCAUAGUGGGUGCACCCCGCUAAGCUUUAGUGCUUUAUGUUUCUACCAGUCUGCUCUAAUUUCCUUGGGCCUUUGAUAUCAGCCCCAAGAUUGACGGUUCACACAUAAAGAGGAACACCAGACGGAAAGAAAAACCCAGUGGAAACAAUGCCGCCACCUUCAGUCCCCAUCCCCUCUCCUCAAGCUCCAUCCUUGCAUUUUGUCCCCCCUCCCUCCUAUGCAGAUGUACAGCAGGAUGGGGGGAUGGAUUCGUUGUGUAACCAUGUCAGCAAAAGGAAUGUGUUUUUCCCUUUUAUGAUAAGAAACAUGUAAGGUCCAGAUAAUUUUUUUUAGUUUGUCACAUCAGAUGAACUGUAGUUAUAAGUCAGAUAUCAAUACUAAUGUUCAAUAUGCCUGCUUUGUGAGGCAGUCUAUAUCACUGGAUAUCUGAGAGCUUAUCUGCUAUCUGUCUUUGUCUAUCAACAGGUCAUCCUUUAUAGCCUGACUGGCAACAUGAGAUUCAAGAGUGGAGUGUAAAUAGAAUGUAGGAGCUUUGACAGUACAGCCGUUCAUCAGACCUCCAUAGCUGACUAUUUUCUCCACUGUCUGACUGACCUCAGAUUGCACAGCAGUUUUAUACUAACACCUAUUUUUCCCCCUCAGACAGUUUCUCCAAAUUCAGUCAAUAUCUGCUGCAAACAGGGAGAACCAUUACUUCUUACAAUGCAUGUUUAUGCAGGAGAAGUCCAUUCUUGUGCUGUAAAACAAUGACCUCUGUAGUCAUGAAACAUUAGAGUGUCUUAAUUUGGCACCAGAUAUUGUUCUUUGCCAUUUUUUUUCUCCACCUGGACUAUUUCACUGCAAACCAACCCUAACUUAGACAUGUUUGGUCAAAACUAGUCAGACAACAGACCUGCUUUUAAGAGGACAACAAAGAAACACUUUUCAUUGUCCCUUUCACUUCAUCACAGCUUAGUUUUUAUUUCCUUUAAACUCUCUGAGUUUUCUAAAAGUGACUCCUGUGAUAAGUAGUUUUUGUCCAGGUCUGGGGUUCUUUGGCAAUGUGUCCUCCUGCAGUUACUGUGAUUUAAUGGAAGGGGAAGGUCCCAUACUAUUUCCAUUGAACUCCACCGGGACCAGCUGCAUGCCUAUGUAAUUGAAGCAACUGUACAGGUUAUGUGAACAGGUUAAUUUCAUGCAUUUUCCCCUGACAUUUGCCUGCCUUUGACAUUUAGGCCAGGAAGUGCAUGAAAGCUGUUCAAAACUCACCAUGAAAGGUCAGCUUGUGACUAUUAACACUGCCAGCUUUAAGGUAGUGUGUUUUUUUCUCAAGGUUUAUUUGGGGCUUUCAGUGGGAGCGUGUUUUUUUUUUUCUUGUGGCCCUUAGCCCGUGUAAAUUGUGGGACUGAUAAACUCUGUCUUUGUCUUUCAGCCUACUCCACUGUUUCGGGUGUAAAUGGACCUCUGGUAAUCCUGGACAAUGUGAAGGUGAGGCUACCAAACAUUUCUGUUCAUAUUCAACUUUAAAUUAGUGAAGGCGUUCUCAUAUCUGUGUAUGUUUAAUUUUGUUAGAUUCCAUUCAUGAUUUGAUAGAAGAGAUAGAAACAUAGUCCGUUUACUGUGAAGUCAACAAACUGUGAAUGACAUGUUUUCAAAUGGAAAGCAGUGCUCAGUGUAUUUCCAUUGUAGUAAUCCUAUAGAUACACUUUUUAGGCAGCUGUAGAUAAAUCUCUGAAAUCUUUUUCUAUGUAGUUUCCCAGGUAUGCUGAGAUUGUUCACCUGACCCUGCCAGAUGGCACCAGAAGGAGUGGACAGGUCCUGGAGGUCAUUGGAACUAAGGCAGUGGUCCAGGUGAGAAACAUAAACAGCAUCAACUAAAUGCCACUCACUGCAGGCCUGCUGCUUUGUUUGAUCAUUUGCCUUCUUAUUUAUUUCAUCACAUUUUAUUGUCUUUCAGUCUUAUUGAGGUAUAAUGAAUUCAAAGUGCCUCAUCUAGACAGCCAGUGUUUGUCUUAGUCCAACUAUUCAUGAAAAGUCUUCAACACAUAUUCAGCGUUUCCCUCAGGCUCUGAAGAUCCAAUCUGCAAGAAGCUCCUCAUGGGGCUCUGUUCAAAUUUGAGGAAAAAAAACAUAAUAUUCUACUUGAAGUAAUAAUUAUCAAUCAUCUUCGUGUAGAUUAGAUUAGAUAGAAUUUACUCGAUCCUUUUAGGAAGGUUUCCUCAGGGAAAUUGAAAAUGUGUAGACUCUUAUUGUGCAAGUUUCUUUCCAAAUAUGUGAAUGUGUGAACAGUUACACUGUCUUGUGUCUGGGUUGCUUUAUUUUCUGUGUUGUGAAAACAUGCUUUUAUUUUGAAAUGAAGUACAUGCUACUUCCCCUAUUGUGUAGGUUAUAAAACUGAAGGAAAAUGGACAAGAGAAUGGUAGUUAAAUAUAAAUAUGUAUUGCACCCACACUUGGCACAAGUUCUUGUAUUAUUUUGGAUUUAAAGUAAAUGUGAGGACAUCAGUUUUAAAAGUGUCUAAUCAUCUUUUAGAGGGCCGCUACUGCUAGCCAGAAGGUCUGCUUUGUCUUUGUCUACCUUGUGUUUUAUGGCAGAUGACGAUGUAAGAAACCAGUAUUGCCAUCACUGUGAACCAGCUAUAAUUUAUUUCAUGCUUUAUUUGUCAGAUAUAAGUAGAUAAACUGGGAACAGCUAUCUGGUAAAGUCAGCUGACUCUCAAUCAUAAGGUCAGGGGUUUGAUUCUAGGGCUGUCUACAUGCCGACUGGUGUGUGAAUGGAACUGGUCCAAACCUGAUGGACUUCAUAAUGUCAGCCUCUGUUAUCAGUGUGUGAAUGAGUGAAUGUGACAUGAUGUAAAACACUUUUAAGUGGUCAGAAGAGCAGACAGACAGAUGGCAACACAGUCCAUUUACCAUCAUAAGUGAGUUUUUUCUUCCAGUCUUAAUGACCUGUCAUGUCUGUGUUUGCUCAGGUGUUUGAGGGAACUUCAGGUAUUGAUGCCAAGAAGACAGCCUGUGAGUUCACUGGCGAUAUCCUGCGUACCCCGGUGUCAGAAGACAUGCUUGGUAUGAUCAGCUUCAUGGGCACUUUUUUCCUAUUUGGACACCUCUUAGUUAAGUGAGAAAUCCAGCUGAAGUCGAAAGAUAUUUGUAACACAAUGAAAAAAAUUUUGAAGCAUUUUGGAUGCUCUUUAAAUUAGAAAAUGACAAUUUCUUUCAAUCUAUUUAUUUUACAUCCAUUUUAAAUCUUUUCAGUAAUUGUUGGAAGCAAAUAAGCUUUGAAUCAACAUUUUCUUAACGUUCUUGAAUCUUUCAAUCAGUGUGAUUAUCUCAAUACAGCACAAGGCCACAUAUAUUUGAAUAGCAGUAGAAAGUACACCUGCUUUUGUUUCUUAAGUAUCGUUAAUCAUGUCCAUGAAUUUAUAAUUACUUCUACUUGUUACUUGUAGACUCGACAAGAGCCAUCAAAGCCACUCUGAACUGUUUAGACUUUGACUCAGAGCAGAAUAGAUCAGAUGUGGUUAGAAGUGUCACCUAAUGAAUUUCAUUUUAUCCCUGCUCCUUCCUAAUUAUCUUUGAAUUCAACUGCUAUAUCAAUCAAAUAGGGAUUUAUUUAUCAAAUAACAGACGUGAAAAUCUUCUUUUUCAGGGCGUGUGUUUAAUGGCUCAGGCAAACCCAUUGACCGUGGCCCCAGUGUGCUGGCUGAGGACUACCUGGACAUCAUGGGUAUGACCCUAAAAAGCAUGUUUAUCUUAACCAGGCAAAAACUGCUGUUUGAAAAUGUCUUUACUUAAGCCUAGAUAUUUACUUCGCAAGUCAUAAUUUUGUAAGACAAAAGGAUGAAAUGAGGGAAGUUCCCCAUAAACAUGCUCAAACCUCCUAUUUUACUGAUCAUGUUUUGAGCAUGUGGGAAUCAGGGCUCAGUAUGUAUCCUUAACAAAGCUUAAGAAAACAAGCAGCCACACAGAAUAUGCAUUUUUAAUUGAGGAUGCUGUACACCAUUAAACAUUUAUUAAAUUGUAAGAUGCCAAAAGCAUCACUAAAGCCACUAGACCAGUUCUCUUUAAUUUUGUGGAAAUCUGCACUCACUUUGUCUGGAUACAUCUUUGAACCUGCAGUCAUUAUCAGUAACAGUUACUCACACAGGUCCUACUCAAAAUAAGACUCUAAAUACCCUCUAUUAAAAUUUCCUGGCUCAGAAAAAGUCACCAGGAUUAAUAUGGUCAAUGUGAGGGAAUGAAACACUAAUUAGUAUCUCAUUCACAUUUAACUCAAAAUAAUCAACUGUCUUGACCUAGGAAAUUCUAUGGCAUCAUAAUUACACAACAUCAUUAUGAUGUAACCAGUAGUGAUCAGAGAAGUUGAUCACUGUUGUCUCUCGGUGUCUAACUGUCUCUGUGUUUUCCAGGUCAGCCCAUCAAUCCUCAGUGUCGUAUAUACCCUGAGGAGAUGAUUCAGACUGGCAUCUCGGCCAUUGAUGGCAUGAAUAGCAUUGCUAGAGGACAGAAGAUCCCCAUUUUCUCUGCUGCUGGGCUGCCCCACAAUGAGGUGAGACUGCUGGUCUUAUUAGUUUGAUCAAGGACAGAAAAGUGGAAGCUGUGUGAAGCCCAAUAAAUGUACCUAAAAGAAGUCACUUGGGUUAGUGUUGGUUUAAGGCUGAAGAGGAGGUGCUCCGCACCUAAAAUCUGGGUUUUGGGCAGCUCAGAGAGCAUAUUAAUCAGCUGUAUGGUGCAGACGAUAAAUCGCUUAUGCUAAAACUCGGUGAGCGUGCUCUGCAGUGCAGCACCCGCGUGCGCCACAUAUACUGAUACAUAUGGGGGGGAAGGGGUUAUCAGCUGUGUGAUGGCAUAUGAUUACUAAUGCCAAUACUCAGUGCACUCGCCCUCUGCAGUGCAGCGUGCUCUGUGGUGCAGUGCCUGUGUGUGCCGCAUUUACUGAUACACAUGAGUCCAAGGUAGAGCCACGUAAGAAAAAACCUCACCUUUUAAGGUGUGGCGGCUAUUAUUUAGCCGUGGCAGUGAGCCAUGAUUAAUUGCAUGUAGGGGAAACCCUGACUCUUCAAGCUGUAGGACUAGUAGUGAAUCAAAAUUUGUCCGGAAGAGGAAUAAGAAAAAUUCCACAGUAUAACAAAAGUUCCUCAGUGUGUUUGCCAUGUGGCGCUAAUAAAUUGCAACCUGUCCAUAAGGUCAGAUAGUCAUUUCUAAGCCAAGUAGGUAAAUCUUUCCCCAAGCUUCAGCAGAUUCUCUCUUGUUAAAUCUAGAAUGCCAAACCCUGAAAGUCCUACUCGUGUUUUAUUUUUUUACUAUUUAAAGUGUUCCCAAAGGUCUUUAAAUUGUGAUUAUUACGUUUUUAGCCAAAAUUGCGUCACCUGUGUCAUUUUUAAGGGCUUUUCUUCUGCAGAGCUCCAGUAGCUCAUAAGCAAUUCGCCUUUGAGUCGAAGGCGGAGACAGCGCAGCUCUGCACACUCCUCUUCAUGCUAGCUAGCAGCCUAACAUUGCCGGUGUGUUAGAAGUGGCAGGUAAGGUUGGAGCUAUUAAACUCUCUGGCACUAAUGUCUUUGGGGACAUGAUGAAAGUUAAUGUCAUAAUUAACUUUCUUUCUCACAAGCAUUGCAAUCCGCUAAUGCACAUGCUUGUUCGGCCAUCGUCCUCUCUACUUCUAGGGGUCUGGCCAGCAGAGUGGAGUGCAGGGGGCGGAGCUUAGACUUGUGACAUAGAAAAUCCCACUGUGUCUGAACCUGCCGUUUGGGUCUGCCAGAGAAUCACAGCGAUUUGAAUGCAGAAAUACUCAAAAAUGCAAUUUUCUCUUAGUGUUCUCAUGAUAUGUCCUGUAGCAUCAGAAAAAUGCCAUGUGAACAUGUAGACCACAAGAAAAACAACAUUUUCAUUGGAGUGGGUCUUUAAGGUCAAAACGCAGGAGUAAAUGCUUUUGGGUAAUUUUGCAUGUGUUUCUGUAGAAGUCUCACAGUGGAAAUAUCAGGCCAUUCAUGUGUCAGCUGUUUUCCUCAGAAUCACAGGACACUUCAUACUUGGACUUCUUCUUUAUAUGAAGUGUUUUUUAUGUCUCACAAUGGAAAAAAAAUGAAUGACUGUAAAGAAAGCAAAACUUUAACCAAACUCAUUGUAAUAAAAUAAAAUGGACUGAACUUGGGCUGGUGCUGAAGGGUUUGUGCCAAAAACUCUUUUUAUUGCGGCUGAGUGGAAAUCAAACCAACAAAGAUCAGGUCAUAUGUUUUGAUGACCAGUGGUCUGUUAUUUCAAGCUCGUUGGUGCUUUUUUGUCAUCAUACUUCAAGCUUAAGUGGGACAGCUUUAGAAGAAGUCCCAAAGGCAAAAAAACAACAAAACAAAAGUUAAUUUGUUCAUGAAAAUUCUUUCAUCAAUGGCGAAUGAAAAUAGUCUGUUGUUACAGCAGAAACACAAUAAAUGGAUUCAAUCUGUUUUUUCCAAUUUAAUCAAGUACUCUAGUAUAAUUGAGGUUUCUUGAGCAACAGUGUUUUUUGUUGUUGCAGAAACCUUCGCUGACCCAUCAUCUUUUACUCCUUCAAUCCUUUACACACCAAUGCUCAGGGACAACACUAAAUGAUAUUUUUGUCCGUCAAUAGCACAUCAUUGUAGUGGAUGUAUUUUGAGAGCUGUUUUGAAAUCUACUAAUAGCAUAUUUUGAAGCUAAUACAGCCAAAAUAGAAAGCACCUUGACACAAGGUGAAAGUUUAAUUGGUUUUAAGUACAACAUUUCUCAGGACUCUGUGUCAGGGUCUGUGUCAAUGUCCGAGUUGCAAGUACCUAUAGAAAUCAUGUCGGCCAAGGUCAUAUCUCUAGUUUGAUAGUUUUAAAGUCUAUAAAUUCCUGUUUAUCAACACGAAACAGGACAGAGCGCUGUAAUUCCUAAAUUUAUAUUCUGUGUAAUUAAUUUCUGAAGUUUGUCCACAACUACAUAGAGAUUGCUGGAGGAGGCCGGAUUUAUGAUCUAUACUGCAGCCCGUCACCAUAGGGUGCUGUUCUGUUCUGAGGAGGUAGACGACAUCCACUCUAUAUACGUUGUAUGGUUUAAAACAGCAGGGACUUGUAUGAAGCAGCUGUGAGAUUUUGAAAUUAUCUGUGUCAUGUUAAAAAACACAUUUGUGUGUUUAAGACGGCUGUGACAUGUUUGAAACUGCUGUGGACAUUUUAAAAUAUCUGUGACUUUUUUAAAAAUGCAGUGACGUUUUUGAAACAGUUGUGAUGUGUUUAUAACAGCUGUGACAUGUUUGUAAAAGCUAGGAUGUGUUUAUAACAGCAGUGACUUUUUUUUAAAACAGCUUGACGAUUGUGAAACAGCUGUGAUGUGUUUAAAACAUGUGACACGUUUAAAAGAGUUAGAAUGUCUUUAAACAGCUGUGACAUUUUAUAAAAGAGCUUUGAUGUUUUUUAAACAGCUGAAAUGGGCUUAAAACAGGUAUGAUAUAUUUUAAAUAGCCAUGACCAUUUUAAAACUGCUGUGACAUGUUUAAGGGAGUCUUAAUGUUUUUAAAACAGCUGUUAGGUGAUUAAAACAAAGUGACAUGUUCGAAUCAGCUGUGACUUUUUAAAACAGCUCUGAUGUGUUUACCUUAGCUCUGAUGUGUUUAAAACAUCGGUGACGUUUUUAAAACAGCUGUAAAGUGAUUAAAACAGAAUGAUAUUUUGAAACAGCUGUGGCAUUUUUAAAACAGCUCUGACAUGUUUAAUUCAGCUCUGAUGUGUUUAAAACGUUUGUAAAGUGUUUAAUGCAGCAGUGAAGUUUUUAAAACAUCUGUGACGUGUUUAAAACGACUGUGACACGUUAAAAAGAGCUGUAAUGUUUUUUAAAUAGCUGUGACGUUUUUAAAACAGAUUUGAUGUUUAUAAAACAGCUAUAACAUGCUAGAACCAGCUUUGAUGUCUUUGAAACAGCUAUGACAUGUUUUAAAAAAGCUGUGACGAUCUUGAAACAGCUAUGAUGUGACUAAAACUGCUGUGAUGAUUUUAAAACAGCUGUGAUGUCUUUAAAGCAGCUGUGACAUGUUUUGUACUGCUGUGUUUUUUCGUAGUGCCCUAGUCUUUUUGUCCACAGAUAACUAAGAUAAGGUAAGAGAAGAACCUAAUCCCCAAGGGAAAAUUCAAUUAUCUGGGUUCGCAUUUUUCAAGUUUUAUAUCAUCGAUUAUUUACAGUCAAGUUGUAGAAUUUGGUAGCCGUGGGUACAAAAGAUCUUCUGAAUCUUUCUGUCUUGCAGCAAAGUGAGAGGAGCCGUCCACCACCAUUGGCCCUUUGGUCAAGCAAGGGGUUAUGAAGUGGGUGAUCCAUGUUCUUUAGAAUAGUCUCCACCUUCCUCAGUGUUGAUCUCUUUACCACAUCCUCCAGUGAGCCCAACUUGAUACCAAACACAGAGUUGCUAUCACAUCAAAUCCAAUCACUGAUUGGUGUUUUAAUAUUGUAGUAUUUAGGAUUAGCAGUAAUAUCUGUCAUGUUUAGCAGUCUGUAGAAUAAACUAAUAUCUGUGUCUCUCCGUGGAUUCAUUUGAAUCCAUAUAAAGCUGAGCCAUAUAUUUUUCCAUCUUCAUUUAUCUGGUUAAAAAAUCUAUUACAGUUCAGUCAUUUAUUUUUUUGUUUGUUGCUUUUAUUUAAUUAUGGGAUUUUGCCAAAUGCAAAAAACAACCAACCAAAAGAACACCAAUAAAAAAUAAAAAAAAUCAGCACUAUAUGUCAGUUGACCUGCUCCCUUAUGAACAUUGAAACAACUCCAGCUCACUGUGACACCUUUGGUUGUUGAUUGCAGAGAAGCUGUAACAGUAUAAAUUUCCCAACUGGACAGCAUAUAAGUGGCCUCUGUUCACAUAGACAGUUUUUGUCUUGAUCAGGUUAUUGAAAGGCUUAAAACCCCCUUAGUUGGUUUGGACCUGUAAAGUCUGAUUGAGCCUUUUGGUUCUGUUGUGCUUUGUUCAUGAUCAGAACAUUUGGUCCUGUGUAACUGCAGCUAAUGAAACACUGUUAUCCAGACUGUUCAGAGUAACUUCCCUCUAGAUGACACUUUUAGACUUUCCACAUAGAACAUGUGAAUUGACAUCAGGGUUUUUCCUGGCUCAAAUUGAGGCAGAGGUGGCACCAUCCUGACCAUGCGCCACGACGUGCAUGUAUUUGUAAAUUCAACCGAUUCACUUUCUUUAACAGGCGACAUACUUUAAGUUAAGAGUUCAAAAAAGAGUGUGACCAUUAUUAUGUUAAAGCAUUCAUUUAUUAAAACUAUAUACAUACACAAAUCAGCUGGCAACUUUAAAUUGAAAGUACACUUCAUCCACACAUCUCGCAACCAGACAGAACAUUUCAGCCUCCUCUUUUUCAUUCUGUAGAACCUCCUCAUGCACCCCUUGUAGUCCAAGGCCUCCUGGUCUGGUCCAUCAACGGCCACCUUACAACAGACAUCCAAGUGCCUCUCCCUCAGUCUGUUCCACAGAGGUGUCUUCACCUUAAACAAAACAAUUCAUCAUGCAUUAAGUAUUUUUGUUUUUAUUCUGAUACAGACAUGAAGAGUGAUAGUGUUUUCAAUCAUAUAUAUGUAUACGCUGCAGUGUCCUCCCUAAAAAAAAAAACGACAACCAAUUAUUUCUUAAACUAUCUAAACAAUGUUUUUUUUUUUUUUUUGUAACUUUAUUAGUUGAGUUUUUUUAGGUACAACCAUCUUUAAUAUAUUUCUCCUUCUCUUCUGCUGCUUUGUGAAUGGCUGUCACCUCAUGUCUUUUUAAUGUGUCCAGCCUGUAGUUGGUUGAUGGCUGUCUCACUAAGAUUACCUGCUGUGUUGGGGCACAGUGCUUUUGGCAUAAAUAGCAGUGCAUGCCUUCCUCAGUAUGCCUGAGCCAGGCAAAUUGAUUGAGCCACUGCUUGUCAAAGCCACUGGCUCUGUGUUUUUGAGAAGAUCUGGAAAGAGGAAUAAAAACCACGUACACGUUGGUUUUGCGUUGUUAUGCUCCUAAUUGGAAACUAAUUAAUUAAUUACCCUCGCCUCGCCGACUCGUCCUGUCCUGCAUUCUGACCCUCGCGAUCACCAGUCCCUUGUGGAGUACUUUUAGACCUGACACAAAUUUCCACGUUGUCACCAACAUGAAUUAUAGCAUUUUAACUGCCUGUUCCUUUUUUUUCUCUGCUGUGUUUCACCUGGACUCUUGACUUUCCUCCUCGCGAGGUCGCUUUUUAAAGUACUGGCUGAUUUUGCCUGUCAUAACUGCAACGCUAAAAACAGAGUAAACAUUUUUUUUUAAAUAAACACGACAUGCUUGGAUGCCAAAAAGAGAAGCAGUAUUUACCUGUUUGUACCAUCCGCCAGGGAAAAUCAGGACGCCGACAGCACCAACUAGCGGGAAAAAAACUUGAAAAAGCAUGAUUCGAUCCGUUUCUUCUUCGGUAGAUGCUUCAGGUCUUUCCGGUGCACUGCUGUUGAUAUAGCGCCUCUAUAGUGGCGCAACCCUGCAACUGCAGUUAAAAUACGUUGCUGCUGCAUCGGGACAUCAAUCGCUCAAUCAACACAGCUGGAGCUUUACGCUGUGUUGAGCGAAAUCAAUCGCUCUGGCUGGGGGCGGCACAAAAUUAGGUGGAGGCGGCCGCCACGCAAUUUUGAACGCAGGAAAAACCCUGGACAUUCAGCCAAGUGAUGGGAACUUAGUGGCUUUCAUUAACAUUUGAAUAAGACUGAUUGGAGAUUUGAUAUUUUUUAUAUCAAUGUUGACACCAUUGACCAUACAUUAUAAUCUUAGUUACAGAGGACCAUAUGUCUUUAUCCCCGGGAUUCUGGAGCAAACAAACUUCUAGGCUCAUAAUUCCUGCUGAGGAGAUCAGUCAUAGCAUCACUUUCUUCAAUAAUUUACUGUGUUGUGAGUAUAAAAUACAGCAGUAGACUCCAAAUCUCACCCACACUCAGAGAGUGGUGGAUCUAUAGAACAUAGAUAUACAGUUGAGGCCAAAAUUAUUAGCCCCCCUAUGAAAUUUUAAGGUUUUUUUUCCAAAAUUUCUGAAGUGCUGUUCAACAGAUUAAUGAUUUUUUACACAGCUUUCCCAAAUAUCCUAGUUUUAUUUUGGAUCCUUACAUCAUUUUACUUUGCACACAGAAACAAAAUUAUUUCACAAAAUCCAAAAACUACCAGGGUCAAAAAUAUUAGCCCCCCUCAGGCUUAUAGUCAAUUGUGUGUCCUUUUUGCUGGAUAACAGCAUGCAGUUGUUUGCUGUAGUUUGUGACAAGCCUCUGGCACAUCUUCUGAGGAAUCCCAGUCCAUUCCUCUUUGGCAAAUCUUUCUAGCUCCUCCAGAUCUGAUGGUCUUCUAGCAUGGACCCUGGUCUUCAGUGCAGCCCACAGAUUUUCAAUAGGAUUUAAGGCAGGGCUUUGUGCAGGCCAGUCAAUAAUGUUCACUUUGGUUUCCUGGAGGCAGCUCCUCACCAGGAGCGCUGUAUGUUUUGGUUUGUUGUUAUGUUGGAAGACAAAGCAAUGACCCAGACCCAGUUUUGCUGCUGACUGCUUGAGGUUUUCUUUCAAAAUCUUCACAUAUCCUUCUUUCUUCAUUAUUCCUUCAACCUUGACAAGAUUCCCAGAUCCAGAUGCACUGAAACAUCCCCACAGCAUGAUACUCCGACCACCGUGUUUAACUGUGGGGACAGUGUUCUUAGGGUUAUACGCCUCACCCUUCUUUAUCCAAACAUUAGCAAUGUCUCUGUGGCCAAAGAGCUCUAGUUUGGUCUCAUCUGACCAAAGAACACAUCUCCAGUAUGCACAAUCUUUCUCCAGAUUGUCCUUAGCAUACCUCAGUCUGGCCUGAAGGUGUCUCUUUUGUGAAGGUGGAGUUUUUCUUUGCCUGCAUCCUCGCAGUCCAUUUCUGUUCAGGGCUCUAGAGACUGUCUGGUUCGAUACCACAAUUCCUGACUUGGCUGAGUUACCAACUUCUGUUUUGGUAGUUGUUCUAGGUUGUUUAGACACAUCUCCCACCAGUUUUCUUUCCAGUUUCUUUGAAAUUUUUCACUUCCUACCUCUCCCAGAGUUGUUCUGUGCUGUGUGGCUCUCCUUGAAUUUCUUGAUAAUACUUCUCACUUCACUUUUUGACACUUGGAAAUGCAGUGAUAAUUUUUUGUAUCCUUCUCCUGCUUUGUGAGCAUCAAAAAUUCUUUUUCUCAAGUCUAAACUGAAUUCUUUUGUAUUUGCCAUGAUGCCUACUCAAGUGACAGCUCAAAUGCACAACAAGGUUUUUAUACUGUGUGUAAAGUGUAGGACAAUCCUUUGUUUUAACUUGAUUGAUUGAUGACAAGCUGUGAGCACUCGAAAGUAAAAGCAAAUGAUUGCGCAACAGUGUUUUUUGUUUUGGCUCAAUAAAAACGUCAAUUCUUUAGGGGGCUAAUGAUUUUGACCCUGGUAGUUUUUGGUUUUUGUGAAAUAAUUUUGUUUCUGUGUGAAAAGUAAAAUAAUGUAAGGAUCCAAAAUAUAACUAGGAUAUUUGGAAAAGCUGUGUAAAAAAAUAAUCAUUAAUCUGUUGAACAGCACUUAAAAAACUUUCAUAGGGGGGCUAAUAAUUUUGGCCUCAACUGUAAAUCUAUAGGGUCUAUAGAACAGGCCAAACAAGUGCGGCUUGUGUUGUGUGCCUAAUGAUGAGCAGCUUGUCAGGCCAUUCCAGUGGUGUGAAAACUCUGCUUGUUGUUUUAUUAAGCACAUGUCACAGAGGUCACCCAUGUGGUGGCUUCCUCUAAGGGCCAGGUGCCUGAGCCCAGGGUGCACAGAGAGGUCAGGGUGGAUCAACACAGUGGCCGUGACAUAAUGUGAUAAGCGUGAAAUUUCUCUUUCACUCCUCAAAUGAUCACAAAGACUCUAUACUCUGCUCAGUUAAUCCUUUCAGUUGAGAAACUGGUUGUGAUUUGUUGUAUAACAAGUUAUUUAAAGACAGAAGAUGAGAUGAGCUGUCUGGAUGAAGUUUUAUACUUUACUAAACUUUCCCACAAAGCAGCAGCAGCUGAUCUUCCCAGUAGAAUUGACUGAAGGGUGGUCUGCAGCCCUUACCAUAGUUUUUUGCAUUACUUCUUCAUGGCUUGCUUUAAAUGAACUUUGAGAUUUGAGACUGUGGGUUAUUCUCACGCUGCAAGCUCUUUCUUUUGGGUUUAUUCUUAAAAGUUGGGUUUGCUUCAGUAUGGUAAGCUGCUCUAUUAUUCGUGUCUCCACUACAAAAAGUUGGUUAAGGUGCCACUGUCCUACUUUUUGGCACCCUUCUGUUAGGCCACAUAGUGGAUCCUUAAGUGUGGAACUCGACAUGGUGCAAUCCAUUCUUUGAGAGAGUCAUCCCUUUCUGUGCAGCGGAGCUGAUAAUGGGCUAACACAAAAUGCACCCUGUUAGUAUAUGAGGCUCAAGGCUGUUUUUGUGUUUUAUUGCACAUACUGUCAGAGCAGAGCACUGUGCCAUAGGUAACCUUGGGGUGCAGACCUUGAUUGGGAUAAUCGGAUUUGGACAGUGUCAUGAAGCUGUUUAACAAAGACGGGCUACAGUGAGACACCUGAGCAGCAACUGACCACACGUGCAAAGAUCUGAAGCAAGUAAAGAAAAAAAAUCAGAUACCUGAACAGCCCGAUGAUGGAGUUGUAUGGUAAUGCUCACCAAAUCAGGGUCCUGCUGGCUUUGGGAACAAAAGCAGGAUCAGGGUUUACCAAGUUGUACCAAACUGCUCUGAACCACACAUGACUAUUUUGUAGAAAUACUCCAUUGACACUGAAUCACAGCGUGUCUCUAUCUGCCUUAUUGAAAUUUCAAGAUGAUAUUGGACUUAUCUAGAGAGCCUGUUCCAUUUCAGAUACUGGUUGGGAGAACACUGAAAUUUGCUGAACAUCAACCCAGAAGUUGACUAUGUUUAAUUAAGGAUUACAUUUUUUAAAAGCACAAACCUCAAAUCUGCUCCCUCUGAGAUACAUGUGUGUUUCAUUUCUAUUUGCAACGCCAUUCCUCAUGAGACUGAUUUUGUAACAUUCAUAAAACCUCAUCUGUGCUCCCCCCUUCAUCCUUUUGAAUUUUUUCUGUUCUUAUUGUAUUUUUUUCUCCCAGAUUGCCGCCCAGAUCUGUCGACAGGCCGGCCUGGUGCAGAAGUCCAAGGAUGUGAUGGACUACAGCGCAGAGAACUUUGCCAUUGUUUUUGCAGCCAUGGGAGUGAGUAGACAAAUUGCAGCAUUUAGCGGACACAUGUUCAGCCUCCCUCCCACUCACCCCCAUCUGUGACUCUAAUCCCCCUCUUAACCCUGAUGUGACACCCUGUCCGCUCUCUCCUUCACUACUUUCUGUCUUUUAUUCACCAGGUGUGAGGUGAUUUAACCUUUAAGUCCCUCUUGUUACUUCUGCACCUCUGAGCAUAUCCCUGGGCCAUGUAGACAGGUUACUAAUUCAACAGGCCCCUUCAGAGCUGUCAGCCAUGCAGUAUCAAGUUCUCUCCUCCUCAGCUGCUCCUCCUGUCUGCUGUAAUACCCCAAUUGUAAUGGGUUGACCCCAGGCAAACACGGACACACACACACACACACACACACACACACACACACACACACACACACACACACACACACACUUGCUUCACUUGCUAAAUGGUAAUCCUUCCAUCUUUCACUUCUCUCUCAGUGCACAUCUGAAUCUGGUUGUUACAGCAGUCGAGAGGAAGAGUGUUGGGGGGAGGAUUGAAACAUUUUUAAAAACAUAAAGUUCAUACAGUUAAAGCUUUGCAUCUUUGUGACUGAGUUAAGGCAUUUCACUCUGUGACCAGUUCAGACCUCCUCAGGUUAUUGUUGUAAACUGUCUUUGUGUUGUCUGUCUCUCAGGUCAACAUGGAAACAGCUCGUUUCUUCAAGUCUGACUUUGAGGAGAAUGGCUCCAUGGACAAUGUCUGCCUUUUCCUGAACCUGGCCAAUGACCCCACGUAAGAUCCAUUCAGUAAAGAUCUCGGUAAAGAAAGCAAAGAUGUUGUAAGCUGGUCGCUUAACUUGGGGACUGUUAACAGGAGAUGUGUUUUCAGUAAAAAGUUUCAUGUUUAAUUUUAGAAUGUCUGAUCUGUAAUCGGAAUAGAUCUUAGACUAAGAUGUUCACUAUGUGUCAUGGGGAUAACUUCUCUGUCUGUAACUAACCAGCAUUGAGCGCAUCAUCACCCCUCGUCUGGCGCUGACCUCAGCAGAGUACCUUGCCUAUCAGUGUGAGAAGCACGUCCUGGUCAUCCUAACCGACAUGAGCUCCUACGCAGAGGCUCUGAGAGAGGUAUGUCUCUAACUCCAGGUCACGCUGCUCAGACCUGACCACUCCUUUCUCAGUCCUACAGAAAUAGUUCAGUGUUGAAGCAGUAAAAACUCAUCUCACUUCCAAAGGCUGAGUCAUUGUUUUGGUCAUAUUGGAAAAUCAAAUAAAGGGCACUGAGGUCAAACAGUGUUAGUCUCUUCAAUGACAAUGACAAGUUAGUGCUACCAUAACAAGUGUAGGCCAAUAUACCAUAAGAUUGUUUAAGAUGAUUCAGAUUAUUCUCAUUAUGACUGGCUGAUUCGAGAUGUAAUGGUACAGACCUCCAGCGUAUAUGUGAUGGAGAAAAUAAUAUCAGUCAUGGUGUGGAGAAAGAGUUAUCUGAUAGUUUGAAGUAGAGAGCCCUUCCACUCUUACCAUGACUGUGCGGCACUGUCUCUGUUAUACUGUUUGUUAAAAAAGAUCACAGAUAAGAUAAGAUAUCCCUUUAUUAGUCCCACAGGGGAAAAUUCCAAAUAACAGCAGCAUACAGAUACAAAAAGAGAAAUUCAAGGAUAAAAACACUUAUAGUUACAAAAGAAGAUAUAUACAUGAGUGUUAUUUACUGCUGUUAUGUACAGAUGACUAGAUUCUGGUCUGUAUUUGAGUUACUGUGUUUGUGAUGUUUUAAACUGUUUCAUGAAGUUUUUGUUUAAAGAAUUCCCUUCUAAAGAGCUUCAGAGGGUAAUAUUGAGGCAUAUUUCCUUCAAAGCCUGCUUAGAAAAGCUCUAUUUGCACUGAAAGUCAAAAAUUCCCCUGGAGAGACUUCUUCCAAUAUUGUAUGUCACGUGACUCAUCACAGUUAACGCUGCAUCAGUAUUUAAAGCAUCAGUGUUGCCCUUUUAUUUAGUCUUGCAGAUAUUUUGCAAAAAAAAAAGGCAGAUCGCAAAAUACAACACCUGAGUCUCUCCAAGCUGUUAAACUUAUCUAGCUCUAUAUUAACUCAAUGAUAUAAACAAACACUGUUGCCUGCGAAGCAGCAACCGCGCCCACAAUAGGCAAGUUGUGUUUUUGAGGAUAAAUUUUAUUUUUGAACAACUGCAGUGCUCUCGGUCAAUCCAAAAUGUUAAUAAACUUCAAACUUAAUAUUUAAGGGAGUAAAAGUGAGAUUUUGGCUUCCUUAGGAGAAUAUCUAUGUGUGCAGAAUUAUUGGGGGCAGCCAUUAGUGUGCAGAAUUAUUAUGCAACUAAAUUAAAAAUGAAAAAUUUUCCAUCUCACUUGUUUAUUUUCACUUGUUAAAGUGAGAAUGAUAAACAAACAACUCAAUUUACAAAUAAAAAUUGUUGAAAUUAAAAAAAAAAAAAAAUCAGUGACCAAUAUAGCCACCCUUCUUUUCAAUAACAGUCAUAAGCCUUUCAUUCAUGGAGUCUUUCAGUUUCUUGAUCUGUUGACGAUCAACUUUUUGUGUUGCAGUAACCAAAGCCUUCCAGACACUGUUCCAGACACUGUUCAGAGAGGUGUACUGUCUUCCUUCACUGUAAAUUUCUCAUUUAAGAAGGGCCCACAAGUUCUCAACAGGGUUUGGGUCAGGUGAAGAAGGAGGCCAUGUCAUUAUUCUUUCAUUUUUAAGGCCUUUACUGGCGAGCCACAUGGUGGAGUACUUUGUUGCAUGCAAUGGAGCAUUUUCCUGCAUUAAAAUCAUGGUUUUCUUGAAAGAUGCAGACUUUUGCCUGUACCACUGCUUGAAGAAAGUGUCUUCUCAAAACUGGCAUUGGAUUUGGGAGUUGAUUUUAAGUCCAUCUUCAACUCGAAAAGGUCCAGCUAGCUCAUCUUUAAUAAUACCAGCCCAUACCAGUACCCCGCCUCCAUCUUGCUGGUGUCUGAUUCGAAGUGGAGCUCUGUGCCCAUUACUGAUCCAGCCACGGGUCCAUCCAUCUGGUCCGUCAAGAGUCACUCUCAUCCCAUCAGUCCAUAAAACCUUUGAAAAAUCUCUCUUCAGAUAUUUCUUGGCCCAGUCUUGACAUUUCGACUUGUGUGUCUUGUUCAGUGGUGGUCAGAUUUCAGCCUUCCUUACUUUGGCCAUGUCUCUGAGCACUGAACACCUUGUACUUCUGGGCACUCCAGGUAGGUUGCAGUUCUGGAAUAUGACAGCACCGGAGGAUAAGCGGUUCCUGGUACCUUUACGUUUGAGUCUUCUCAAAUCUUUGGCAGUAAAUUUGCGUCUUUUGUCUCAACACAUUUCUUGCGACCCUGUUGACUAUUUGCAUCAAAAUGUUUGCUGGUUCUGUGAUCACACCCAAAUAUCUAAGCAAUUUCAAGAGUGCUGCAUCUCUCUGAAAGACUUUUUACAAUUUUUGACUUUUCAGAGUCAUUUAAAUCUCUUUUUUGGCCCAUUCUACCUGAGGAAAAGAAGCUGCCUAAUAAUUAUGCACACCUUGAUAUAGGGUUUUGAUCUCCUUAGGCCCCAGCCUCCCUCAUUACACUAAUACACAUUACCUGAUAUGCUUAUAUCCAAUAAGCAUUCAAGUUUAUACAGCUUGGAGUUGGAAAAUAUGCAUAAAAAUGAUGAUAUGAUCAAAAUACUCACUUGCCUAAUAAUUGUGCACACAGUGUAUGUUGCAGCACCUUUUGUGCACUAUUUUUCCCAGCCAUGCAUUUUCAGCCAUGCAAUCUUGUAAUAGAUUUAAUGAGACAAAUUAUUCAUUUUGCAAAUAUUUUCUCACAAUUGGUUGUGCGGCAAUGACGUUCUCACUAAUAAAUGAAAUACAGUACAAAUAAUGUUUAUCGUUACUUAGCAACCAUUGUAAUCAUGAGUAAGGUGGGCAUGCACUUGAAAAGGGAGGCUGCUAAACCACCAUAAUCUGCCUGUGUGGUGCUCAGAGCAUAGAGAGAGUGGCAUUAUGCAUAGUGGUGCGUAUUUGGGUGCCAAUGUCUAAUACACUGCGUUAUUGCAGUUCUUCAAAAAUGGACCCUGUCAAGCACAACACUGACGGUAUACCACCCAGCACUAGGAUGAGUGUUUUAUAUCUACAUAGAAGCUGCUCUCCUCCUCAUCGUUUUACGGGUCAGGAGAGCCUCUAUCAAAACCAGGUCCUCCUGCAUCCUCUGUAUUAUCCUGUUUGGAGUAUGGUUCACACUAAGGCCUAAAUGGAAACCCUAGCAGCUCUAAACCAUACAGCAGUGUCAAAAUAACAAACCACUGUGAAGUAUUAGCACAGUGGUGAUAGCCUCUAAGGAGUCUUGUGCUCCAGGCUGACAGAGAAGAUAGUAUGUCCUUCACUCUUGAUGGAAAUAAUGGUCUCCCUCCUGCCUCUAAUCCCUGCCCUCUUUUCUCCCUGUGGUGAGGAGUCAGGCUCUCGUGGAUCUCUGUUGUGUGUUUGUAAUCAUCUUUUUUGUGUUGUUCAGUUUGAUGUUUCAGUUUGCUGGCAGCACAAUGCAGCGAUUAAAUGGUGCAUGUCCAUAUUCGUUUUCCUUGUUGUGUGAAGCGUCCAUAACCUUGGCAUGUGCACACUGCAACAAUAGCCAGCUAAGACUCAGGCGGCUUGAUGGGUGUGUGAGAACAAGAGUCAAGAGGACAUCAACAUUUAAUUUCUGCUUCUCUGUUCACGUGUGUGAAGGCUGAGUUUUGCGUUGAAUUCACAGUUCACAAGUGCUUAGCUUGCCCAUCAACCUGUGCACCCACAGAUGAAUAGGAAGCAUUUUCCUUUUGCUUCUUGCUCAGAUGUCACUUGACUUCAGGUACAAGGAUUUGCUUUGGUCAUUUUUUUAGAGGGCUAGAGAGGAGAGACAACAUUGAAGCAGCUGCUGUUGCUGCUCCUGGGAUAUUCUGAAGGAGUUCUCACACUUUAACCUCCCUACACUAAAUGCUUUUUGUUUACAAUAGAGAUAACUGUUAAAAAAAUCCCUGUAAGAUUUAUUUGUCCUUGUCAUGAUAGAAAUAAUGUGGCUCUUGGUAAAAUAAAAAAAUUAAAAAAAACUCUCAACCCUUAAGGUCUUCUCUGAAACACCGGCCUUCUGGGCUUAAACUUGUGCUACUUUAUUUUCUUUUAAGUGAAAUAAGUCUUAACUAGAUCAGAUGUGAACAGUGAUUACAAAAGUUUGUUAAAUGCCUGACAUUUUGACGAAGAUGAAAGAAAAGGUGAAACCUGUGGAAGAAAAUCAGCCCCACAGACAUUGAUUGUUGGAAACAAAUGAUUGUCACUUACAGUAGGUUUAUUGUCUUUUCAGCCUUUUCUUAUUGAGAUGAUGAUUUUUCAUCCCAAAAUAAGAGUCUGGUUAAGUCUGCACUGAUAGGAUACAAAAUUUUAUUGUAUUUGUUUUAUUUUAUAUAACCUUUAUUUAACCAGGUAAGAGCCCGUUGAGAUCAAGAUCUCAUUUACAAGAGUGACCUGGCCAAGAGGUCGGCAGCACACAUCACAAUAGUAAAUAAUAAUAAAGAAGAAGAAAAUGACCUCCAGAAACAUAAUUGAAACCACAGGCACCGUUCAGUGGUCUCCUAAGGUCUGUCUUGUAAGAUUCAACAAAACGUUUCCAGUGAAAUUAAUUCUGUCAAUUUCAGGUCAGUCUGGAGAGUAUUCCAUGCCGAAGUGGCAGCAUGAUUUCUCCAGAUUCUCUGAACCUUUUGAUGAUAUUAUGGACCGUAGAUGUUGAAAUCCCCAAAUUCCUUGCAGUUGUACUUUGAGAAACAUUGUUCUUAAACUGUUCGACUAUUUUCUCAAGCAGUUUUGAGCACUGAGGGAGAAGCAGGAUUUGUUCCUGUUGUAGAAGCCUAUUUUUGAUCUGAGUGAGGGGCUGCAGUAUAGGUCAUGAAUCCCGCCUCCUCCAGCAAAGCUUAUGGAGCUGUGGACAAACUAAUUAAUUACACAGAAUAUAGAUUUUUCUCCCCUUGGUUGUGAUGUUGACAUGUAGUUACUGUAAGACUGGUUUGUUCACGUUUUCUAUGAUUGACACUUGAUACAGCCUUUGGGCAUACAAAGAUUGUGUAGCUCACCCGUGGGAUACGCGACUCUCCCGCCGGAAGCGCACAAUGCUACUGUGCAAAUGGUGGAGUUCGUACAACACUGACUGCGCAAUGUUGGUUUCAGGAAGUGGAGAAAAAUUGCGGCAAUUCUGAGAGCUUUCCGUCUUAAAAUCCAUAUAUUGGUGGAGGGCAGAACCAAGUUGUUCAUAGUAUAUACAGUCUAUGGUACUAACAAAGCAGCAGGGAGUAGGAGUGAUGUCGGCUGAUGCAGUAUUUUUUGUUAGUCAGAAAAAGACAUUGCAGCGGAAUGAAGAACUUGUCAUGCACAAUUUUUUGCUAUUAUCGGAUCAAUAUCUAUCGGAUCAAUAUUGGUAUUGGCCAGUACUGAAGGCUUCAAUAUCAGUAUUUGAUCAGAAGUAAAAAAAAGUUGUAUCGGGACACCCUUAUGUGUUGUGUCAUGUCAUAAGUUUCCUGGUGAGUCCCACCCCUGAUUCGAGUGGCUAUCUUGAAGUGGAAUAUAAUCUCUCCACAUGUUAAAUGACUCCCAGAUUGCUACUGGUGACAGCUUAUAGUGUGUGGAUGGGAAUGAAUGGGAUCAGAUAACACUGAUAGUUUCCUACAGUAUCAUUUAUUGCUCUCAGUGUGUGUAUGUUGUUUGAAUGGGUGAAUAUGACGAGUGGAGUAAAAGUAUUUUGAGCAGUUAGAAGGACUGGAAAGGCUCUGUGUAAUGACAAGUCUAUUUUCCAUUUUAAUGAUUGGUGUAGUUACAUCUUGAGGUGAUUAUUCUCCACAUUGAUAGAAGCAGAUAUAAGGAUUUCUCAAAUGUGAUGAAAAUGAGAUGUAAAUGCAUGUUAGAAACCUUUUGUCCUUAAGCCCGCUCAUCUCCCUGUUCUCUUGUCAUCCACCCACUCCUCACCCACUUCUCACCUCUAGGUCUCUGCUGCCCGAGAGGAGGUGCCUGGUCGUCGAGGCUUCCCUGGUUACAUGUAUACUGAUCUUGCCACCAUCUAUGAGCGUGCUGGGCGAGUGGAGGGCAGAAACGGCUCCAUCACCCAGAUCCCAAUCCUCACCAUGCCCAAUGAUGGUGAGAGCAGCAGUGGAGCAGUCUUCCUGUGCUGAAACACAAAGCCCCUUUAUUGAUAUCACAGUAUUAGUAUUUCACAUAUUCAAAUGUGUCUGUAGGUUCUGACUACUGCUGUAUUUCUUUGAUAUCUGUGUUUUCAUGCACAGUUCGCUAUUCUGUCUCCUGAAACUUACAAUUGUUUUCUGAACAGCAUCUCAAAUGUACCAUGGAGACAUUUUUGAUGCCUGCAGUUACCAUAGCAACAUAUCUGAAGAGCCUACUUGUGUCUAGCUGCACAGGAGUCCCCCAUUCCAGCAUCAUAGGAAGUGAUUGUGUCGGCUUUUACUAAACACUGCUGGUGUUCCAAAGGGCUCUAUGCUCUUGAUUUAGUGUAAAGUUCAUUAAAAACAGGAAACUAACUGAAAUCUAUCUUUUACUGUCAAAAGCCUUAAAAUCAGGAGGGGAUUAAAAAGACGCAUAUAUGUACCUGUUCCUCACUUUGAAUGAAUCUAAGGUGUUAUGCGUGUUUAAGUCUACUCCAACAAUCUUAUUUGUUGGAUUUGAAAGACUUCAAAUACGGUUUUAUGCCUCUACAGACAUCACCCAUCCCAUCCCUGAUUUGACCGGGUACAUCACAGAGGGCCAGGUCUAUGUGGACAGACAGCUGCACAACAGACAGGUAUUCAUCAGCCAUUUUUGAAACCACACUCAUCAAAUGUUGAAUAUUCUGUUAGAUGGUCAUUGAGCAAAAGCCUAAGGUUUUCUCUGUAUAUUGAAAAAAUUAGCGACAGUUUCCGCACAUUAGCUGAAAUUAGUUCCAAAAUAGAAUUCAGCUUUUGGUCCCCCCCUCUUGAAGAGGUUUGAGUCUCAAGGCUUUAAAAUCACACAGCAAAUGCCUAAAAUGAGCUGACAGACUGUCAGUUAACUGCAGUCCUCAGUAGAAGAGAUGCAUGUUGGUGUUCACAGAGACAUUGUUUCACAUGAGCAGAUCUCUCAUGUGAAACUGCCUCAGGACCUCAAAUUUAGUAUCUAGCUGACAUGUGAGCUGAUGUUUCCCACUGCUAACAACAUAGCCAAACACUUGAAAGCACUACUGUUAGGAGAUUGGGAUGCAUCCUGCAGGUAAAAACCUCUACCUUUGUUUCUUCUGUGGCCUAUUUGUCGUAGUCACUAAUAGAUGCUGUUGUUGAGAUUAUUGCUUUGCUGUUAUUUAUUCCUACCAUUUGAAGUGACAUGACAAGCUAACUGUGCCUAACUUCUGGGGUGAUCAUAACAUUCUCCAAAAUUAGAUUUAAAUGCAUCUCAAAAAGAAGCAUCACAUGUGCAUUUCAAGUAUCCUUGAUGUGAAUGAUUUUAAUCCUCGACUUUCAGAUAUACCCACCGAUCAAUGUGCUGCCCUCGCUCUCCCGUCUGAUGAAGUCCGCCAUCGGGGAGGGCAUGACCAGGAAGGAUCAUGCUGAUGUUUCUAACCAGCUGGUAAGAAUGACUUGAAUGACUUUCCUCAGGGAGGAAAGAGGCUAAAUGGCAGACUGUUGUUGUGACCCUGUAUUAUUACUUAUGUUGGUUCUUGUCUCCAGUAUGCCUGCUAUGCCAUCGGUAAGGAUGUCCAGGCUAUGAAGGCUGUGGUGGGAGAGGAGGCUCUCACCUCUGAUGAUCUACUCUACCUUGAGUUUCUUCAAAAGUUUGAGAAGAACUUUAUUGCUCAGGGUAAGAAAAUCAUCUGAGAAUAUUUAUUCUGACACCUUUAAAAUUCAUCUAAGUGUCGUACUUACCUUUGGGCGCAAAUGCCAAAUUAUCAAGCACUUUAAUGACCUUAAAACAAGCUUACUGUCCCCUCAGCGUCUCCGGAGUACUCAUCCCUUUGAGUCUCAGUUUCACUAUAAAUAUCUCUGUUUAGGUUCCCAUUCAUCCAGGUCAAAACAAAAUUUUGCUCUUCCUCACUACAGUCAUUGACAGAUGUGAACCCUGAUUGUAUGGUGGCAUCUGUAUCAUGAUAUCAUAUGGUGAGGCUAGAGGAAAUACCCAGCCCUAAUGACCACAUGGUUCCCAGUCUGACAUGACACAGUGAGCUCCAUCAUGCACUUUGAUUCGUUCAUUUUUGUUUUGUGGGGAAUUAAUUGAUUCUUCAUUUCAAAUUUCAAGAGCCAGCAGGGUUUUAUUAAGUCCAAAAGUGAGAGACAGAGAGAGACACCUAAGCAUGAGUGUGAUGAAGACUUGCGUUUCUGCGUUAUGAGUUCAGGUUGUGCAGAGGCCUGGUCUUUUGUAACAAACACAAGCAUGAUAUUUAGAAAAAUGUGUCCUGUGCUUUUAAUCAGUGAUGUUAAGGUAUAUAAGAAUACCUGGGAUUUGACUUUCAGAUGACAUUUAACCAAACUGAAUCAAUUCGUUCACUCCUUGUCUUUAUGAUUCGUCCUUCAAUCUAUCUAUCAAGAAUGAAAUCAGAUCAGGUCAUCUUUUUAGGAACGCACACAGACACGCAUGCUUGCACGCGCGCGCGCACACACACACACACACACACACACAAACCAAAUGGCUGUUUAACAGUUGUUAACUGGACAACAGAAUCUAUCCAGAGCGUGACACUUUGUCGGUGUGCUGAGGCCCCUUCUCUACAGUUCAGUCUCUGCUCUCUCCAGCAUUAACUCCACUUUCAGGAUGUUGACUUUCUUCUUCAGUUUCUGUUUAAGGUCAAAGCUCAGGAGUCCUCCUGGUCUUAUACAAGUAAGAUCAGAAUACAUUUAAAAUGAUGGUCUAAAAUAACCAUGAAAUUAACAAACAGUAGAAACAGUGCUUCAGGUUAUUGAGUUCUCUUGCUCAUCUUUUACAGUACAUUCCACUGAAAAUGCAGUUUGAAGUGGCAUUCAUUGGAUUUCUGAGUUUAUCCUCGUCCCUGGAAAAUAUUGAUCUGUUUAGGUUCUGCUUUGUUGCUGAGGGGUGUUAGUCCUUUUUUUCUUCUUCUCCUUUCCAAGAGAGACGAAACGAAACUCUGUGCUGAGGUUGUUAAAUUUCCAGGUAAAAACUGAACAUACAGGGCUGCUGUUUCUCUUCUUUUCAACAAUGAUGGAUCCACAGCCAUUACAGAGAGAGAACAUGGUUUUUAUCUAUACUUUUCAACAACUUAAUUCCAACUGCAGUUCCAGUUAACCUCCCGUGAAAGUAAAGCUGCCAGCAGCAACAUGUUUGACGUCAGGGAAGAAAUCUAUGAGAAAUGUGUUCACAAUCUGAUCAGAUGUUGAAGAAGACACCACUGAGUGUUUCCGAAGAUGACUGGGCUUUCAGGAUUUAAAACUUGACCUGAUAAUUGACAGGAUUAACUCUGUCAGGUUUUAUUCAGCCAAGCUGUAGUUAUUCAGAUAAAGUAGUGUAUGAUUUAUCCGUCUGAUCAGAACUUAAAAUAAAUACACCAACCAAACUACUUACAAACAUGGAUGUUUUUGUUCUGAUCCAAAACCAUUUCAAGGUUUCUGAUUUCCUCUGCUGCUAGACUGUAGGCAGGAACUUCUUGUUUCAACAGUGCACCUUUUCCUGCAUUUGGGUGUUUGCAGGUUUAAGGUGUAUCCCUUAGAAAUAUAAAAAGUAAAGCAGUUUCUAUGCAGUUAAGGUGCUGUUGAGCCUGAUCAACCAAAACAAAGGAGGGUUUCCCCUUAGUGUGUUACAUCCUGUGAGUCUGGGACACCUACAAGGUAACUUUGCAUGAUUAAAAAAAAAACACCCUGAUACUGGUGCUCAUGAAAACCUCUGCCUGAAACACUUUGCUCUGGCAGCUUUUCCACAGGUAGAACAUUAGACACAGCUUGAGGGUGUCACUUUUCACACAGCUUUGUACUCAUGAAAUAACCUCAAAGCUCCUGCUGUUUUCUGGCGCCUUGGUAUGUCCCUGAAGAAGCUGUUUUGGAGCUGCCUGGAGACAACAUUCGUUUAUCUCAUUUAAAAGAAAGCUUAUCGAGGUGUAGAGUGGACAUCCAACAUAGUAACAUUAUAUGUCUGUUUUACAAUACAAGUCAGCAGAAGUUACUCUUAAAGGAUCUGUCUCAAACAUGUUAAAUCUUUAAAAUCACAGGUCUUUUAGGAGCUUUUGAAAUACCCCAUGAAGAAAAUUUGAGCUUGAUCAAUACCAACACCAAUUAUUGGUAGUUUAUGGGAUCCAUAAUCGGUAUUUGGAACAGAUAUGUACUGAAAGUUAAAAAAAAAAGGUCUGUCAAUAUUGAAGUUAUCAUAUCAAGGUGUCAUAGCAGAAUCUCUUCUCAGUGGAAAGAUGGUUGGCAAAUUCAAACAGGCGUCCAGAGAAGAAUCAGUGUGUCUCACCAUGUCUCUCCAUCUUUCAUCCCUGCUGACUGAGGUUGUGAUUGACGGCUGGUCUCAGUCAUGUUCUCUGUCUCUACAGAUAAAUGCCAUCAUGCACUGUUGAUAUUUAACCACUGAAACCUGUAGUACACACACUGUAACCCAUCAGUCAGAGGUCUUUGUUAUGUCAGAAGCUGUUCUGAUAUAAAGUCUGACCACAUGUGAACAAAAUACUAAGUCCAUUUCCCCCUGUUGCCCCCUCAGGCCCCUAUGACAACAGGACAGUGUACGAGACCUUGGACAUUGGCUGGCAGCUGCUGCGAAUCUUCCCCAAGGAGAUGCUGAAGAGGAUCCCUCAGAGCACCCUGGCAGAGUUCUACCCCAGGGAGUCCGCUGCCCGUCACUGAGGCGCCCUGAGAGAUGCUCUGGUCUUGACCCCACUCCUCUCUUCACCCACCACCCACUUUUCCUUCCAACUCAUUCUACAUCCCCAGCUCAUCCCCACUUCCUCCAUCCUCUUUUUACCUCAUCUUCCUCUCAUGAAUCAACCUGACCCCUCCUCCACCCUCACCCUCCCUGAAUGAGAACAGGGCAAUAAUCUCCCCCUCUUUAGAUGUACUGUAGCGUACCUGUGUCCAGAAGUUGUGUAUGGAAAGUAUCUGUGUUUGAAAUGUCGACCCUUGAUAGCAAAAAUGUGAACAUAUCCUUGAAAUUACAGAUAAGUCUUUAUUUAUUAUUGAGGUGUGUUACUGCUGGACCCCCCUUCUCCUAUUUUUAAAUAUAUGUCAUGUAAUAUCCAAAUUCCUCUGAAAGAAUACUGUAGGGAAGAAUGAACUAGAGUAGGUUGGUCAGGAAUAGUGGUUAACCUUGAUUGUCACUAAAACUGUUGAAUGAAUAUUUGUUUCUUCACAGAUUAAACAGACUGAACCUGUUCAACUUAUUUGGUCCUCCACUCAUGUUUGGUUUGAUAAUAGGAAACUGCUGUGUUAUUUCCAUGCUUCUGUCUCUCUCAUGUCAUCAUAAGCUGAGGUAGGCAUCUGUGCUAAACUCUCAAAUAUGGAAAAAGCAGAAGAUUUCUCCUCCUUUGUCCCCUCAUUCUUCUCUCUUCUCUGGAAAGUUGCUGUUUACAUGAUUUGUGUUUUUCUCUUUGUUUUGGGUUGCAGAAGCAAAUUCAUUGGAGUAUAUCAAACAUUCCCUUUCAUCUGCAAAAACUAAUUCUUUGUUGUGCAACAAUAAUGGUUUUGUGAGUUUGUGUCCAUAAGUAAAUUAAAUUAUAUGCUGUACGAACCUGUCU